AUGGCACAACACGGAGAAGAGUCUAUAGUCUCCCCUUACAAAGGACAGGCUGCUCUCCAUUUGCCACCCAGGCGCGGCCAGGACAGUCAGUACAAAGCCUAAUGUUAACUGACAGAACUGUAUUUAACGUUUAAUGCUUACGAAGGUUGCAGAUAUGCCUAAACACUACUGCCUCUAUGGUUAAUUGGCUGCUGUUAUUACCAACUCUUCGUUAUCACUCUACUCUGCUAAUUUUAAUUUAAUUUGACUAACCUUACUCUAUCAAUGUCGACCUUUAACGCUGCAAGAUAUGCAGGAUAUGCUAACACUUGGCUAGAAAGACCCGACCACUAGCGCCCUAAUUAAACCACACGCACACCAGGUACCCCCACAGCCCACACCUCCCACACACACUCAUUAACAACGAGACUAUGAACAGACUGCAAUCCCGGGACGACUCCUUAUCUCCCUGGGGUACACACAAGCACACAACUACUUCUCUUUAAAUGCUCCUCUAACACUUGCUCCUCUAACACUUGCAGCGACUCACACACCAUUUAGCCAGCCAAAGACAAGGGUACACUGUGGCUGCUCACAGUUUAAUAGACAUGCCCCUACUCACGGUAUACUAAGUCAUUUUUACUUAGUAUUAGUAAAUUUGGCUGAAAGACCAUUUUAGGUCUUUCAGCCUUUUGGUAGAUAGCUCCCUAAUAUCGUGGGAAUUAGAGAGUUAUCUACUAAACGGCUGCAAGAGAACAUCCUUAGUUCCGAAUUUCGAAAUGCCGAACCAAAUUUUUUCCCCAUGCACAUCCCUCGUAAUCUGUGAGUGGUUGGUAAUUUUGCAAACAGACUUUAUUAACUGGAAGCAGCACUUGCAACUGAAGUCCUAAGUUCCAAUAGAGCAAUAUGCAAUACUUGGGGCAUUGUACCGUCCAGGCGCAGUGAUUCGGAGCUGAUCUUGAGCUCCAGAAAAGUGCAAGUGCAAUCUUUUUUAUUUGCCAUAUUUGAGACCCUAAAGUCACCUGGGGGGUUGUAACAUUUUUAUUUAGGGCCCCCACCCGCCGCUCAGGGGUAGGGGUCGGGGGGGAGGGCAAUAGGUCCCCCCCGCCAUAUUGGUAUUUAAGGCCCCCACACGCCACUCAGGGGUGGGGGCCGGGGGGGAGGACAAUAGGUCCCCCCCCCCCCUUUAUUUUACUUAAAAGCCCCCCACCUGCCGCUUAGGGGUGGGGGCUGGGGGGGAGGACAAUAGGUCUAAUUUCAGCACUUCGGAAAUUCGGCAUUCCGGCAAUUCAGCUAUUCGAACAUUCGGAAGUAUCUGAAUGUCCGAAUUGCCUGAAAUUCGUUCAAAUUGACAUUCGGAACAAAACAAAUUGCACAUGUCCAUAACAACCACACCUUACCCCUGAAUGAUGUGCACAUGGGUGAUUAAUGAGCUGAGAGAAAGAGGAACUUUAACUGUCAGAAAAGAGGCAGUUCACUUCAACACCCCAUUAUAAGCAAAGGAUGACUCCUUCUCUGGCUUCAAAUGUGUUAUCUUUGUUUUAUUUUAUGUUUUGUUAUGUAGCUGGAGAGACUGCCUGUGAGUUGUGUGUUUGGAGAAUUAACUGUUGUAAUAUCAGCCCUUACAGCAAACCAUAGGUCUAUAAAUCGACUUUAGACACUCCCUAUGUGGCAGCUGCAUACAUUAUUUAUGCAAAGGGUCACUGAACAUUACCAGUAAUAUUUCAUGAUAUCUGGCUUGGUUAAUUAUGACUGUACAUAAACACAAUAACAGUGAGUGUAUUAAUUUACUUCUUUGAUGUUAAGGGCACUAAAGUUGCUUGCAAAAAUCUGUAAAAGAGGGACAUUGUAUGGUAUUUUUUAAUGGUUAGAGAUAAACAGUGUUUUAAACGGCCAAUAAUAUUUCUCAACGAAAUGGUCUUGGUACAGUGGCCAUUUUGUUUUGUAGAAAUUGCAAUGUUUAUGUCGCAGGUUAACAUACCUCUAAUGGCUAUCUUACACUUUAACGUUUGUAAUACAUGUUUGUAUUUCUAACACUAUAGUAUUAAUUUAAGAAAAUACUGGUUUUGGACAGAAAACCUUUACUAUACCGGUCCUCCCCAAAUGUGCAAGCUGGCAUCAGUAGCCAAGUUUGCACAGAAUUCACAUUAGCCAACACACAGCCAUAGGUUGUUACACCUCUGGCAGGUGUGGUGUUUCACAGUCAAUGGCUUGCCUAUUCCACAUUUUCUUUGAUUAAAAAAACAACUUUCAGCUGGAUCUCUCAAGGGGGAAAACUUCCAUGGGAUGCAACUUGGGAGUCAAAUAUAUUUGCUGCUUUUCAUAGUUCAGCAACGCAAGUGAUAAAGCACAGUACCAGUAAAAAAAACAUAAGUCACCUAACUUACAUAGUUGGUUUCAAAGGCUGAAAAGAGACAUGUGUCCAUCAAGUUCAGCCUUCCUCACACUUGUUUUUUGCUGUUGCUCCAAAAGAUGGCAAUAACCCAGUUUGAAGCACUUUCAAUUUUGCAACAAACUAGGGGGGCUGUUUAAAUAUCUGCACGGACUCUGAUAAAACUACUUUUUCAGGCAGAAAAUUCCAUAUCCUUAUUGUUCUUAGUAAAAAAAAACUUUCCUUUGCGUUAGACUAAAUCUUCUUUCUUCCAGUCUAAAUGCAUGACCUUGUAUCCUAUGUAAAGUCCUGUUUGUGAAUAGAUUUCUACACAAUGGUUUGUAUUGGCCCCUGAUAUAUUUUUAUAAUGUUAAUUAUUUUGUUCUUGCUAUAUAACUUAUUCUUAGACCAACAUUUUUUUAUUUUAUUUUUUUUAAGUCCAUUGCAACUCCACAAUGGACUUGUUUGGCAAGUUAAAAAUAUUUGAUCCCAUGAAAUCCCAACUGAAAUGCCACUCAGAGAUUAUAGAAUGAUGGAAAAUGAAAUGACCUCCUUUAAUUGUGUGUGCCUGCCGCCCGAUGAUGCUGGAACACUUUAAUCUUGAGGGAGCUUAGCUUUUCAUUUAAGUGUGCCCAGGUAGCUUUGAUUACUAAUAUUAAGAUAAGAGGCUUACUUUCUUUUGUGUAUUUAUGUUGGUACAAGAGGAAAAUUACACUCAUUAAGUUUAGCUGUGUUCCAUAUUGUCUACGAAGAACAGGCAGUGAAAGAUCUUCCUCAAAUCACCUUGUCUAAGAACACUUCUCUGUUGUACUCAGCACUCUACUGAUUGCAAGUUUAUUUUAUCAUGAUUUAUACGAUUAGGGACAUCAUUCCCUCUACUUCUGAAAUCCCACAUAAGAAUAUUUUUCAAAUUAUUUAAAAUUUCAUUUAAAUAAUUGUUUUAUCCGGAUCUUACUUAUUGUCUAAUUUAGUGACAUGAUACUUUUUUUUUUUUUUUAAAUCAUGCAGCACAAGAGGUUUCUCUGUGUUGUUUUGUUAUGCUCAUGAAAGAAGGAAAUAGUACGUCUUCUAGGAUUUCUUUCUGCGUAGGCUAAAGCUCUCAGUUGAAUAUUUCUCCUUUUCUGUUAUGGUUGCCUUUUGUGCUUUAUUGAUGAUGUGCAUUGUGUCUAAUCGCGUGCUUUCAUUCUGGCUCCAAUGCCGAUGCCUACAAAGAAAGAUCCUGUACCACUUUUUAUGUACUGGUGAAACUGACACUAUAUUUUUACUAUAAUUUCACAUCAUUGACAUAUAUAUAUCUCUAUCCCACAUACUGGAUAUACUCGAGUAUAAUUCGACCCGAAUAUAAGUCGAGACCCCUAAUUUUACCCCAAAAAACUGGGAGGGAGAACUUAUUGACUCGAGUAUAAGACUAGGGUGGGAAAUGCAGCAGCUACUGGUAAAUUUCUAAAUAAAAUUAGAUCCCCCAAAAAAUUACAUUAAUUGAAUAUUUAUUUUGUGUAUAUAAUGAAUGCAAUCUGUGUGUGUAUGAAUGCAGUGUGUGUAGUGUGUGUGUGUAUGAAUGCAGUGUGUGUGUGUGUAUAAAGAGGUAACCUUGUGGGGUGGGUAUUUUUUAGCUAUUUUUUUAAAUUAUUAUUUUAAUAUUAAAUUUAGUUUUUAAUAUUUUUUGGCUUUAUUUUUAAUAUUAUUAGCAUUUCUUAUUAUAUUAUUAUUUUUUAUAUUUUGUAUUUGCAGAGUUUUUGGUCCCUCCCUGCGCUUGAUACAUGGCCAGGGAGUGGGGCUCUCCUUCCCUGGUGGUCCAGUGGCAUGGGCUGUGUAGGAGGGGGGCUGGCAGGAAGCUGUUCCUUCUCCUCCUUUCCGGUCAGCUCCCUUAUCCUCCACUGUAAGUCUCGCAAGACUUACAGUGGAGGAGAAGGGAGCUGACCGGAACGGAGGUGAAGGGAGCUGACAGGAGCUGCAGGAAAGGUAAGUUACAGCUCGCUGCCGGCCCCCAAAAGGACCGCUGGGCUUGUAAUGAGCCUGGCGGUCCAUGUCUGUAUUAUGGCAAUGUAAGUUGCCAUAAUACAGACACUGACUCGAGUAGAAGACGAGUGGGGGGUUUUCAGCACAAAAAAAUGUGCCGAAAAACUUGUAUUAUACUCGAGUAUAUACGGUAUAUAGGAAGCAAAAACCAGAAAGGUUAUAGUGGGGAAAAUUUUUUAUUCAAAACCCCUUCCACCUAGUAUUUAGAGGGCUGAUAUUUGCCUAUUAUUAUCAUCAUCCUAGUUCUAUUUGAAUUUAGGAAGCUCAAAAUUUGGGCAGGACAGUCUGUGGGCCUCAAUCUGUUAUGUUAAAGCUUUAGGUUAUAGAGAACUGACAUUUGCCUCCUGUAACCGAAGUGAGGGUAGAAGCAUCAAUCUCUACUUUCUGGAGGUGCUAAGAAUUCACACAGUGUUUUUCAAAAAUACAUUUUGAAUUAUUACAAAACCAGGUGCUCCCUACGAACUCAGAGAUCGUUUGGGAGCAGAGCUGAGCUAUGGCAGGUGGACUGGGUUCUUGGCUUACAAGAAAGCUACCUGACAGAGGCCAGGACCCAUCAUGUUUCCUGAGAUGGCAGUAGUCAUUUGUGCUGAAAUUUAUAAUGUAAAAAGUACCUUGCAGGGUCUUCCACUUUCUAUAGCAGCACAGUAUUUACCAGGAAGGUAGACGGGUAGCUACUAUAUGCAGACCGCAUGAGCAGGCAGCAGUCUUGUCAAGUACCUGCCCUUUCGUGGCAAGUAGUUCUGCAUCCGCUACAAGUAACCAAACACGCUGCUAUUUCACUUUGUGGCCUUGUAGCUCACAGGGAUUCUGUGAUUGCUAUUGCUGUGUGAUCAUUUUUUGCUGAUAGCCCUUCUGCAAUUCCCUAUGCACUUAUUCUCCCAUGCCCACACAACCCAUUAUUAUCUCUCAAUAACUCACACCAAACUCCCCAAUCAACCUAUUAACCUAUUAUGCCUUCCUGCCAACCAGGCCUCUUUAUGCCUAACAAGUCAUGUUCAUGCCAUCUUCUAUGCUCAUCUAGUCACACGUACCCAACUUGUCACAUACCCCACCUCCAAUCCUUUGCAUAGAGAAGUGGUAACAAUAACCCUCUUUGCUCACCCAUGGGUGAGAAUAAUCUCACUGCAGACUUCUGUAUUUUGUCUUGGGUAAAGCAAAUAAAACAAAAUAUACUCCUUGCAUGUUAAAUUCAUAUAUGAAGUCCAUUAAAUGUAAGUUAAAUUAAUACUUGUUAUUGCCAAGUUAAAUGAGUUUGUGAGUUUUAUAAAGCACAUGGGAUGCAACUUGGGAGUCAAAUAUAUUUGCUGCUUUUCAUAGUUCAGCAACGCAAGUGAUAAAGCACAGUACCAGUAAAAAAAACAUAAGUCACCUAACUUACAUAGUUGGUUUCAAAGGCUGAAAAGAGACAUGUGUCCAUCAAGUUCAGCCUUCCUCACACUUGUUUUUUGCUGUUGCUCCAAAAGAUGGCAAUAACCCAGUUUGAAGCACUUUCAAUUUUGCAACAAACUAGGGGGGCUGUUUAAAUAUCUGCACGGACUCUGAUAAAACUACUUUUUCAGGCAGAAAAUUCCAUAUCCUUAUUGUUCUUAGUAAAAAAAAACUUUCCUUUGCGUUAGACUAAAUCUUCUUUCUUCCAGUCUAAAUGCAUGACCUUGUAUCCUAUGUAAAGUCCUGUUUGUGAAUAGAUUUCUACACAAUGGUUUGUAUUGGCCCCUGAUAUAUUUUUAUAAUGUUAAUUAUUUUGUUCUUGCUAUAUAACUUAUUCUUAGACCAACAUUUUUUUAUUUUAUUUUUUUUAAGUCCAUUGCAACUCCACAAUGGACUUGUUUGGCAAGUUAAAAAUAUUUGAUCCCAUGAAAUCCCAACUGAAAUGCCACUCAGAGAUUAUAGAAUGAUGGAAAAUGAAAUGACCUCCUUUAAUUGUGUGUGCCUGCCGCCCGAUGAUGCUGGAACACUUUAAUCUUGAGGGAGCUUAGCUUUUCAUUUAAGUGUGCCCAGGUAGCUUUGAUUACUAAUAUUAAGAUAAGAGGCUUACUUUCUUUUGUGUAUUUAUGUUGGUACAAGAGGAAAAUUACACUCAUUAAGUUUAGCUGUGUUCCAUAUUGUCUACGAAGAACAGGCAGUGAAAGAUCUUCCUCAAAUCACCUUGUCUAAGAACACUUCUCUGUUGUACUCAGCACUCUACUGAUUGCAAGUUUAUUUUAUCAUGAUUUAUACGAUUAGGGACAUCAUUCCCUCUACUUCUGAAAUCCCACAUAAGAAUAUUUUUCAAAUUAUUUAAAAUUUCAUUUAAAUAAUUGUUUUAUCCGGAUCUUACUUAUUGUCUAAUUUAGUGACAUGAUACUUUUUUUUUUUUUUUAAAUCAUGCAGCACAAGAGGUUUCUCUGUGUUGUUUUGUUAUGCUCAUGAAAGAAGGAAAUAGUACGUCUUCUAGGAUUUCUUUCUGCGUAGGCUAAAGCUCUCAGUUGAAUAUUUCUCCUUUUCUGUUAUGGUUGCCUUUUGUGCUUUAUUGAUGAUGUGCAUUGUGUCUAAUCGCGUGCUUUCAUUCUGGCUCCAAUGCCGAUGCCUACAAAGAAAGAUCCUGUACCACUUUUUAUGUACUGGUGAAACUGACACUAUAUUUUUACUAUAAUUUCACAUCAUUGACAUAUAUAUAUCUCUAUCCCACAUACUGGAUAUACUCGAGUAUAAUUCGACCCGAAUAUAAGUCGAGACCCCUAAUUUUACCCCAAAAAACUGGGAGAACUUAUUGACUCGAGUAUAAGACUAGGGUGGGAAAUGCAGCAGCUACUGGUAAAUUUCUAAAUAAAAUUAGAUCCCCCAAAAAAUUACAUUAAUUGAAUAUUUAUUUUGUGUAUAUAAUGAAUGCAAUCUGUGUGUGUAUGAAUGCAGUGUGUGUAGUGUGUGUGUGUAUGAAUGCAGUGUGUGUGUGUGAUGCAGAGUGUGUAACCUUGGUGGGGGGUGGGCAUUUUUAUUAUUUUUUUAAAUUAUUAUUUUAAUAUUAAAUUUAGUUUUUUUCAAUAUUUUUAUUUUAUUUUAAUAUUAUUACAUUUUUUAUUAUAUUAUUAUUUACAUUUUUAUUUAUAUUUUUUUGUCCCCCCUCCCUGCUUGAUACAUGGCCAGGGAGUGGGGCUCUCCUUCCCUGGUGGUCCAGUGGCAUGGGCUGUGUAGGAGGGGGGCUGGCAGGAAGCUGUUCCUUCUCCUCCUUUCCGGUCAGCUCCCUUAUCCUCCACUGUAAGUCUCGCAAGACUUACAGUGGAGGAGAAGGGAGCUGACCGGAACGGAGGUGAAGGGAGCUGACAGGAGCUGCAGGAAAGGUAAGUUACAGCUCGCUGCCGGCCCCCAAAAGGACCGCUGGGCUUGUAAUGAGCCUGGCGGUCCAUGUCUGUAUUAUGGCAAUGUAAGUUGCCAUAAUACAGACACUGACUCGAGUAGAAGACGAGUGGGGGGUUUUCAGCACAAAAAAAUGUGCCGAAAAACUUGUAUUAUACUCGAGUAUAUACGGUAUAUAGGAAGCAAAAACCAGAAAGGUUAUAGUGGGGAAAAUUUUUUAUUCAAAACCCCUUCCACCUAGUAUUUAGAGGGCUGAUAUUUGCCUAUUAUUAUCAUCAUCCUAGUUCUAUUUGAAUUUAGGAAGCUCAAAAUUUGGGCAGGACAGUCUGUGGGCCUCAAUCUGUUAUGUUAAAGCUUUAGGUUAUAGAGAACUGACAUUUGCCUCCUGUAACCGAAGUGAGGGUAGAAGCAUCAAUCUCUACUUUCUGGAGGUGCUAAGAAUUCACACAGUGUUUUUCAAAAAUACAUUUUGAAUUAUUACAAAACCAGGUGCUCCCUACGAACUCAGAGAUCGUUUGGGAGCAGAGCUGAGCUAUGGCAGGUGGACUGGGUUCUUGGCUUACAAGAAAGCUACCUGACAGAGGCCAGGACCCAUCAUGUUUCCUGAGAUGGCAGUAGUCAUUUGUGCUGAAAUUUAUAAUGUAAAAAGUACCUUGCAGGGUCUUCCACUUUCUAUAGCAGCACAGUAUUUACCAGGAAGGUAGACGGGUAGCUACUAUAUGCAGACCGCAUGAGCAGGCAGCAGUCUUGUCAAGUACCUGCCCUUUCGUGGCAAGUAGUUCUGCAUCCGCUACAAGUAACCAAACACGCUGCUAUUUCACUUUGUGGCCUUGUAGCUCACAGGGAUUCUGUGAUUGCUAUUGCUGUGUGAUCAUUUUUUGCUGAUAGCCCUUCUGCAAUUCCCUAUGCACUUAUUCUCCCAUGCCCACACAACCCAUUAUUAUCUCUCAAUAACUCACACCAAACUCCCCAAUCAACCUAUUAACCUAUUAUGCCUUCCUGCCAACCAGGCCUCUUUAUGCCUAACAAGUCAUGUUCAUGCCAUCUUCUAUGCUCAUCUAGUCACACGUACCCAACUUGUCACAUACCCCACCUCCAAUCCUUUGCAUAGAGAAGUGGUAACAAUAACCCUCUUUGCUCACCCAUGGGUGAGAAUAAUCUCACUGCAGACUUCUGUAUUUUGUCUUGGGUAAAGCAAAUAAAACAAAAUAUACUCCUUGCAUGUUAAAUUCAUAUAUGAAGUCCAUUAAAUGUAAGUUAAAUUAAUACUUGUUAUUGCCAAGUUAAAUGAGUUUGUGAGUUUUAUAAAGCACGUUGUCACGUAAUGAUUUACUGAGAGCUAUUUUACUCUCAUAGAACAUAUAUCUGAAUCCCUGGUAGAAAAUGUGAUCAUGAUCAAUGGAUAAUCGCAAGGAAUGUAACGCUUUUCUGAGAAAACAUAAUUCUUUUUUUUAGGCUAUAGUCAGUCACCUGUUGAGAAAAUGGAUGUUCACAUUCUGGGGAAAAAGACAAGUUUUCUUGCAUUGACUGUAAACAAGGAUACAUUCAAUGGCUUGCUUAUCAUUUCCCUGGAUCAUUGUUAGUGAAUACAAUUGUCGAUAUCUGUGUGGGUUCCAAGCCAUCUGAUUAUUGCUGUUAGCACAUUAGGGUGGGGCUAACUCUCAGCUUGUCACUAUGUUUUGUUUCAUGGUCUGUACAGUUUUAGUCUCUCUCUCUCCUGUCCAAAUUGACAUUUCCUGUCACAUAUAUAUAUAUAUUUUUUUCAGGAAAAUAACAAAGGAAAAGCACAUAUCAGUUUUGGAUUAGUAUCAAAUGUUUAAUUUAGAUUAUUUCUGUCAGUUUAUGUCAAAGUGGAAUCACUGUUUGUCAUGUGCUCUCAGCAAAUUCAAUGAUGUCAUUAUUUUUCUGACAAGUAUGAACUUGAGACUGAAAUCAGUGCCACAUGUACUAAUACUCUCCUAAAUGAUGGUAUUUAUCAGCUUUUAUUUAGAUUUAUCAUUUUUUGCUUAGAAUUCUAUUUUGCAAUGUGUACCUGAUCUACUAUUCCAGCUUAGAUGUAAUUUGUACAUUUGUAAAAUAAAAAACUACUUAUAAUUGAAAUUCACCCGUUUUAAAAUUUAACAUAGAAAACCAGAAGUAAUGAUAGAAGCCAAUUAAUACCUCCAAUGCACACCUGUUUUAAAUGAUUAUGUUAAUUUUAUACCUAUAUAAACAAACACCAAGCACUUUAAAACCACACUUCUGAUGAAACCCCAGGGUGAAACGCGUAAAGUGUGGAUCUAGCACCUAUGUGGAUUGCUUUAUAGAAUAUACUUUUAUUUAUUUAUUUGUGUAUCCUACAUAAAGUUAAUCUUUUUAAAUUGUAUUUAUUUUGAAAAAUUUUGGGGAUUAUACCCUGCAUCUUUUCUUGGCUUCCUAUCUACAUAUGUCCCAGGUAGGCAUUAUACCACCGAAGCAUUGCAACAGCAGAGCAGGCUCAUGCUCUACCUCAUGUGAGUAGGUUAUUUAUACCUUUUCUGCACAGUUAUUUUACCGUACUGGCUGCACCAUUGGAUAUUCUCCUGUUUGUCUUUUUAUUCAUGUGAUGUGCUGGAAACACCUACCACUAAGUCUGCUGACCAUAUAUCCCAAGACAGGGAUUGUACCAUCAACACUUUAUACAGCAGAGCUCUUAGAAGCUCUUGAAAGUGUGAGCAUGCCUUUGACGUAAUAUUAUAUCUCACUCUCCUGUUAUUUGAUAUAUUGCACUAUUAUUCUUUUCGUUCUCUGUUUUCUUGAGAUUCUCUAAAACUGUAUAAAUCCGAACAGAAGAUUCUAUCAACAUAUGUAUGUAUAUGUAGCUGUUAUGUGAUUUCACAGAAGGGCUAUUAUCAUUUUAGGCGCGGUUAUCUAUACCUUGUUUGUCUUUUCUUAUUUGUUCACAAGGUUUUGGGGAAUCCUUGUAAAGAUUGCCUACUGCCUGUUAAUUUAAGCAUAUAGUGAGCACUAGUGAUGUCCCGAACGGUUCACCGAACGGUUCGCCGCGGACGGCGAACAUAUGCGCUGUUCGGUCCGCCCCUAUGUCAUCAUUGAGUAAACUUUGACCCUGUACCUCACAGUCAGCAGACACAUUCCAGCCAAUCAGCAGCAGACCCUCCCUCCCAGACCCUCCCACCUCCUGAACAGCAUCCAUUUUACAUUCAUUGUGAAGCUGCAUUCUUAGUGAGCUGUCCAGGAGGUGGUAGGGUCUGGGAGGGAGGGUCUACUGCUGAUUGGCUGGAAUGUGUCUGCUGACUGUGAGGUACAGGGUCAAAGUUUACUCAAUGAUGACAUAGGGGGCGGACCAAACAGCGCAUAUGUUCGCCGUCCGCGGUGAACCGUUCGGCGAACCGUUCAGGACAUCACUAGUGAGCACCUUUCGCUGGUAUUUAGUUUAAAACUGUGUCCAAAAUAUUUGAACCUAUAUAAAAAAUACAAGUGUUGGGGUUGGCAGGUAGAAAAAAAUAUAUUAAAUCUAAUAAAAAAAAAAAACGAAAAUAGAAAAUGUUAAUGUAUAAAUUGGAAAUAUCACUUUAUUUUGUGGUCCUUGAGUAGGGCUCCUCAAGUCCCCUCACAUGUAAUAGAAAUAAACUUUUAUUUUGUGGCUUCUUCCAAGCCACAAUAGGUAGGCCCAGAAACAUUUCCACACGGCAAUGACUCUAAUAUCUGAGCCAUCAGGCUGUGAGGCUAUGAUAAGAAUGUAUAAUGUGUUUGCAAGUGACUGCGUGGUGAGAUAUGUGCUCAUGACAUUCAUAACAUGAAGCAGUUGUCAUUGGUGGCAUCUUUAAUGUCACACCUCACAACUCCCAUAUAAUAAAGGAAACAGUAGGGAUGGCACUCACCAAUGUGUAUUUAUAGUUUGAAUAAUUGACAAUAUGCACAAAUCUUCAAUAUCCUGAAUUUGCAAAUCAUGUCCUGUAUGUUGAGUAUUGGGUAUUUUUCACUGUAAGAAAAACCAGGGAUGUGGCAGUGUUAAGUGAAAGUAUAACGUUAUUUAAGAAUAUUAGCACCAAAAAGCAAGCCUGGGAAGAUUGAAUAACCUUUCAAAGAGUACAGUAUGAAUAUAUGUUAUACAAAUCAAUGGAAGCCACACUCCCAAUAUGAUAGCACUGUAGCUAGGCCAUAUAGCUGCAACAAACCUCUCUAUUUAUGAAUAUAAUGAAGGAAUUCUGAUACAGAGAGCUGUGUGCCCCAAUAAUUUAAACAAGGAGUACAAGUAAGUGUUUGUCAUUUUUGGAGUCUACCUAAAAUAAAUGCAGUAUACGCACAUAUAUAUAUAUAUCUCAGGAAUUUACAUUAUAAGGAUGCACCCAAAACCGUGACCCAGGGAGAUUUUGUUAAAACAAUAUUCUUCUAAACAUAUCCAUUAAUCAAUAUAUGGUGGACGGUGGAUUUUUAAUCAUUGUGCCUAGUUCAUUUAGUUCAGUUUAUUUUAUAAUUUUCCAUAAAAAUAAGUAUUAAUGGAAUCUUAUUUAACUCUGUACAGAACACAAUUUUGACAGGUAAUAUUAAAAUCAUAGAAUUAAGUAAUAUUUUUGUAAUUAUUAUACAAUUAAAAGCUUGAAGGAGCUCAAGUUAUUUAGGAUUUCUCCUGUUAAUUACUAAAUUAGCCCCCUAUAGGUGAAAUCCAAGGCACUAAAAGUGAUUAGAAAGCAUUACAGGGCCCUAUUACCUUGUCACAGAGGGAUAAAAGGUACAUUUUGGCAGAUCUAUCUGUCAGUCACUCUGGUGUGGCACCUUAGGGAUUCCAAGGUGUCUUUUAAGAUCAUGGUGUUGACAUAUUUUAGAAAGUUGCUAUACUUUUUAAAAGAUAUUAAAUAAGCAGAACAUAUUAGACAUUGAAAUGUGAAAUGUUAAACCCAUAUCUUGUUACUUAGUCAGUUGAGUAGACAUUCAGACUUGUGGUCAUUAACUCCCUUUCUAAUGUGUGACUUAUUUAUUAUGUUAUGCAUUCCUGUGUCUACCUUUGCUGAGUUCAGUCAUAUUUCCUGAAAGUAAUUUAUUAUAGUAAUUCAAGAUAUUUAUAAUGAUGGUAACAAUAAACAAUAUUUUCAUUGCAUGAUUAUUUUUUAUUGAAAUAUGUUAUUCAUUUAAAUUUCUGUAACAUGUCACUUCAUUUUCACACAACAAAACAUUUAUUUUAUGAUAUUUAAAUGCUCACACCUUGUAUCUGUGGCGUUGAACUCUAAUGGGCUACUAUAUUGUUUGUUUAUUUUUUUAAGAAUAUAUUAACUUUAGAUUAGAUCACAAGUUCUUAUCACUUCUGAUGGGGAUCAACAGAUAGCUCUGUGACCUAUUCAUCACUUAAUUACAGUAUAUAUAUAUAUAUAUAUAUAUAUAUAUAAUGGAAAUUAUGUUACUACUGCUACUGUAAAUUAUUAGUAGUUAUGUUAGUAGUAGGAUCUUACUUUUUCCAGACAUUUAUAUCACCUGAUUUUUUUUCCAGCUGUAUAUCAGAUGAGUAGAGCAGAUGUAGCAUCACUGCCUUAAAACUGGGAAAGCCAGGUUUGAAUCUUGGUCUGAUCACCUCACCAAUAAGUGUCCUUGGCCAAGAUGCCCAACUAUACAUAUAUUCGCCUACCUCAAAUUCUCUAGUAAGGACCUUCUUCACCUCUAAAUAUCCCCUUUCAAUAAUUGUUAAACACGGCAGAAUAUGUUGGUGCCAUAUUAUUAUUAUUUUAUUAUUUAUAUAGCGCCAGCAAAAUUCCGUAGCGCUGUACAAUGGGAUUAAUGCUAGUCUUAUCUAUUGUGGGCACGUUUUAGCUUGCUUUCUUCACCCCUAAAUAUCAACCUUCCUAUAAGGCACUAUAUAAAUAAUAAUGAUCUUGUCCUGUGCAAUUUUUAGUUAAAACCUCUAUCAUUAGGGUUUGUGUGCAUUUUGCUUUAUUAGCAGUUAAUUGAAAAUAUUUUUCACAAGAGUAUUGUGUCCUAAAAUGUAUUCUCUCUCCAUUAUAUUUAUUUAUUUUUAGGGUCGAGAACCCAUCAAGUUGAAUGAUCUGAAGUCUGAGGUUUCCCCUCGUAUCUCCGCAGAGGAUCUCAUUGACCUGUGUGAAUUAACAGUUUCCAGUCAUCUCAAAGCAUCUGCCAAGAAGAGCAAGUCUAGCAAACCCAAGCUGCUUGUGGUGGACAUUCGAAACAGCGAGGAGUAUCCUUUUUAUAGACCUCAAAUACGUAUGUAUCGCAAUACUCCUAUAUGCACUCAUCACAUCUAACAGUCCAUUUAGAUAGCUUAUGCAUUAGUGUAUUAUGUUGCAUGUCCACUCUAUUAUUGUUUUAUGAUAGCAUUAUAGAAGAUCCCAGUAGAUGUUAGCUCUUGAUAAGUUCCCUUUGUGUGUCUAAAUUAGGUUGAGGUUCAUGUUUUAUCUAUCAUGAAUUCAUGAACUGGUUUAUUUUAACUUUGUUGAUCCCUUUAACUUUGGCCUCAAUUAAAUUAUAUUGACCUAUAACUUUUUCAAGCAGCUGAAUCCGAUAAAUGGGCAACUUGAGCACAAAACCACUGAUAAAUGUACAUCAGAAGCACAUUGUUAUUGUCCUAACACGUGAUUAAUCAAAUACAGAGGCAUUUGACACAAGUCCUCCCUUGCCACCAGGUUUGGGCAUUAGGUGGACUCUUUAAAUUAAAUAAUGGGGCGUGGCUAGUGACGUUUGGGCACUAAUUGAAAUAAAUGAGGGGGCCCAGUGUCUCCCCCUCCCUUGUGUGGCAGGUGGGAGCACUUAUUUUAAUAAUAAGAGAAAAACCUAAUGCCCUCCCAGACCCCACCCAUUAGCAGCAGAUGCAGGUGGUAUUAAUUUAGUGAUAGCCAGGGGGCACAUAAUGUCCCUUCUCUGUCGGCCAUGCAUUGUUGGUUGGUAGGGGCUAUGUAAUAAUUAGUUGGAGGAACCUGAUGUCACACCCAUGGCCGGUGUGUGGUUGCUAUUAAUAUGAUAAAGGGGAGGGGUGAACAUACUAUUUCCCACUGCCCCCAAAUUACCAAGCUGCUAGCCUGUAAUAUAUAUAUAUAUAUAUAUUUAUAAAAAGAUUUAAGAAGAAAACCUCUGAUAGUAAGAAGAUUUAUAUGUAUAUAGCAUUUUUAUUGGUUAACCGCCUACGAAUCUGAACAACAACAAUAUUGUCAAUCAUCCUUAUUGCUUGGCCAUCUAGUUACUCGAUAGAGCUAUAUAAAAAGGAAACUGGGGACAAUAAAUUUCAAUUACUUCACAGUCCAAACCAAUUAAUCAAUAUUAAUAAAUAAACGGUAUAAUAUAUCAAUCAGUAAAUAAUUUCUAAUUUACCCAAAUGUUAUUUGAUAUAAUCUGUUUGGAUUGUAAAGAAGGUGUCUCUUGGAUGUGACACAGCAGAGUAAACAAUGAAAAUGUACAGGGUAACACUGGGAUACCAUGUUGAGAAUAUUAUUUAUACCAUAUUGAGAAUAACAUUUAUAGUUUGUUUAUCCCCAUAACAACUCAAUGUUUCCUUACUUUUUGAAUCAACUGCUAAGAUUUGCACUCGAUUGUUGCAAUAACCAACUGAGUCUUUAAACUCAUACCUUUCAGUUUAGGCUUAAAUAUGAUUUGGCAUGCUAGCUUAUAUGGUUUACAUUUAUUACAAUCACAUUUAAGUUCACACCAAUGGCAUGGUUGAUGUUUACCUGUCCCCGUAUUUUCAGCUGGACUUGAUCUGUUCUAUAAAGACUUAUGUCAAUAUAUUAUAAUCUGAUCCAUUUUUAUUCUAAAUAGCAUUUUUGCAGUGUUAUAGUUUAUUGGUUUUAAUUAUCCUGGGUUAUAGAAGGAACAGUUGCAUUGUUACUGUAAGUAACACCUAUACCACUUUAAACAACAUUUCAUGUUUAUUGUAAUGCGUUAUUCAUAGUUGGUGGUCUGUGGUUUGCCACCACAUUCUGUGCGGUGGGAAUGUGAGGAAUAGCUUGAUCCACUUUUAUUUAUUGUAAACCUAUUCUUCAACAGAAAGAGCAUAUGCCUAUUUCAUUUCUCACGUACAUUCAUUUAAUGCCCUUUUAUAACAUAUUAGGAUCUGUGCUGUUUUAUCCAGUAAAAUCUUAAUUUCUCCAUCUCAAGCAGCAGGAGAAGAGAAAUUAAAUUUCAAAACUGUUUUAGCACUCUGGGAACUAUGGAAUGCAAUUCUACCGCUUUGAAGCCAGAGGAUUCUCAUAAACACCACAUAAUCCUGGAAGCCUAAGUCAUAACUUUAUGUAUAGCAGACAUUUUUUGAAGCAAAAUGGAAAACACUGAAAGUUGCGAAGGAGAUGAAAAGUAGGAGCUAUAACAGAACAAAACAAAUGAUUCUGUUUUUCAUUUUCCCUUUUAAAUAAACGUGUCUGCCUUAGCUAAUUGUAAUAUAUUCUAAACACUGCUCCUAAUGCGAAUGAUUGUCUCUUUAACCAUAUUUACAUACUUAAUCAUUGACCUACACAAUCCUUUUAAACGUCACAUGUGCAGUUGCGAAUCUAGGUACAAUAUUUAGGAGGGGGCACAUACAGUGAGGGAAAUAAGUAUUUGAUCCCCUGCUGAUUUUGAACGUUUGCUCACUGACAAAUUAUCAGUCUAUAUUUUUAGGUGUAUUUUAACAGUGAGAGACAGAAUAACAAACAAGAAUCCAGAAAAACACAUGUAAAAAAAGUUAUAAAUUGAUUUGCAUGUCAAUGAGUGAAAUAAGUAUUUGACCCCUUCAACUUAGUACUUGGUUGAAAAAUCCUUGUUGGCAAUCACAAAGGUCAGACAUUUCUUGUAGUUGGCCACCAGGUUUGCACACAUCUCAGGAGGGAUUUUGUCCCACUCCUCUUUGCAGAUCCUCUCAUAGUCAUUAAGGUUUCAAGGCUGACGUUUGGCAACUCGAAACUUCAGCUCCCUCCACAGAUUUUCUAUGGGAUUAAGGUCUGGAUUAAGGUCACUCCAGGAGCUUAAUGUGCUUCUUCUUGAGCCACUCUUUUGUUGCCUUGGCUGUGUGUUUUGGGUCAUUGUCAUGCUGGAAUACCCAUCCAUGACCCAUUUUCAAUGCCCUGGCUGAGGGAAGGAGGUUCUCACCAAAGAUUUGAUGGUACAUGGCCCAGUCCAUCAUCCCUUUGAUGUGGUGCAGUUGUCCUGUCCCCUUAGCGGAAAAACAGCCCCAAAGCAUAAUAUUUCCACCUCCAUGUUUGACGGUGGGGAUGGUGUUCUUGGGUCAUAAGAAGCAUUCCUCCUCCUCCAAAUACGGCAAGUUGAGUUGAUGCCAAAGAGCUCGAUUUUGAUUUUGACGGGCCUGUACAUGUGCUUUCUUGAGCUGGGGGACUUUGCAGGUGCUGCAGGAUUUCAGUCCUUAACGGUGUAGUGUGUUAUCAAUUGUUUUCUUGGUGACUAUGGUCCCAGCUGCCUUGAGAUCGUUAACAAGAUCCUCCCGUGUAGUUCUGGCAGACUCUUGCAUGGAGCACCAGACCGAGGGAGGCUGACAGUUAUUUUGUGUUUCUUCCAUUUGAGAAUAAUCGCACCAACUUUUUUUUUUUUGUUAUUCGGUCUCUCACUGUUAAAAUACACCUACUAUUAAAAUUAUAGACUGGUCAUUUCUUUGCAAGUGGGCGAAAGUUCAAAAUCAGCAGGGAAUCAAAUACAUUUUCCCCUCACUGUAAGAUGCCAAAGUCAAAACUGGGGGGCACUAAUAAUUUUUGCCACUUAAUCAUACCACAGGGAAAAAAAUAUAUAUUUACAUUUACGCUCAAACAUAUUCAUAGGAGGCAAGUGCCUCUUCAUAUCUAUAGUUUACAAAUCAUAGUAAAAAUUGUACUGUGGGGUUUAUUUAAAGAGCGCCAGUGUUUUGAAGUUGCAAACAAUGGUGAAAAUCGGAAAGUUUUUCCUGCUGGUGUUUGGAUUUCUCUUUUGUGAAAUGCCAAAGUUUGAUGCCAUUGCACCAGUAUAACCCAGAUGUGCCAUGUUUAAGGGAUUUGUUAUACACCAGAACAACUUCAGCUUACUAGAGUGGUUAUAGACAAAGUGACACAGUGUCCUUGGAGACUGUUAAUCAUCGUUUAAGAGUUAUGCUUCCUGCUAUCAGUCCAAAUAUUUCUUCUGUAAUAAUGUUUUAGUUAUGUGCAGGUACUUCCUAAAAAGCAAUCCAGGAAGCAUUAUAAUGAAGAUAGGUGCCUUAGUGGAUGCAAACGGUAAUAAGGGCUGUAGUGGGUGCAGAGAAGAUAGGUGCUGUAGUGGGUGCUGAGAGUAAUAAGGGCUGUAGUAGGUGCGAUGAAGAUAGGUGCUUUAGUUGGUGCAGAGGGUAAUAAGGGCUGUAGUAGGUGCAAUGAAGAUAGGUGCUGUAGUGGGUGCAGAGUAUAAUAAGGACUGUAUGAGGUGGGAUGAAGAUAGGUGCUUUAGUUGGUGCAGAGGAUAAUAAGGACUGUAGUAGGUGCGAUGAAGAUAGGUGCUUGAGUUGGUGCAGAGGGUAAUAAGGACUGUAGUAGGUGGGGUGAAGACAUGUGCUGUAGUGGGUGCAGAGUAUAAUAAGGACUGUAGUAGCUGGGAUGAAAAUAGGUGCUGAAGUGGGUGCAGAGUAUAAUAAGGACUGCAGUAGGUGCGAUGAAGAUAGGUGCUGUAGUGAGUGCGGAGGGUAAUAAGGGCUGUAGUAGGUGCAAUGAAGAUAGGUGCUGUAGUGGGUGCAGAGUAUAAUAAGGACUGUAGUAGGUGGGAUGAAGAUAGGUGCUUUAGUUGGUGCAGAGGAUAAUAAGGACUGUAGUAGUGCGAUGAAGAUAGGUGCUUGAGUUGGUGCAGGGGGUAAUAAGGACUGUAGUAGGUGGGGUGAAGAUAGGUGCUGAAGUCGGUGCAGAGUAUAAUAAGGACUGCAGUAGGUGCGAUGAAGAUAGGUGCUGUAGUGGGUGCAGAGGGUAAUAAGGGCUGUGCAGGGGGAUAGGGGAUUACUUGGUGCAGAGGGAGGUAUAGGGCUGUAAUGGGUGCAGGGUGUAAAAAGGCUGUAGUGAGUGUAGAUGGGAUACAGUCUGUGGUGGGAUAAGGGCUGUAAUUGGGAGGUACUGGCUGUUAUGGAUAUAGGGUCAGUAGUGGAGGGAUAGGGGCUGUGGUGGGGCAGUAGUUGGGAGGUAGGAUCAUGUGGGAUAGGGGCAAUAUAUCUCAAAAUCAAUUUAAAAAAAAAAUAGUUUAUCCCACAUUCCUGUGGCUUACCUUUGACCGGUGGGUAUCCUGAUCUCUGGUGGUCCAGUGGGAAAAUCUGUUAAAGGACCACUCUAGGCACCCAGACCACUUCAGCUUAAUGAAGUGGUCUGGGUGCCAGGUCCUUCUAGGGUUAACCCAUUUUUUUAUAAACACAGCAAUUUCAGAGAAACUGCUAUGUUUAUGAAUGGGUUAAGCCUUCCCCCUAAUCCUCUAGUGGCUGUCUCAUUGACAGCCACUAGAGGCGCUUGCAUGCUUCUCACUGUGAUUUUCACAGUGAGAGCACGCAAGCGUCCAUAGGAAAGCAUUAUGAAUGCUUUCCUAUGCGACGGGCUGAAUGCGCGCGCAGCUCUUGCCGCGCGUGCGCAUUCAGCCGGCGGGGAGGAACGGAGGAGGAGAGAAGGAGGAGAGCUCCCCGCCCAGCGCUGGAAAAAGGUAAGUUUUUAACCCUUUCCCCCUUCCAGAGCCGGGCGGGAGGGGGUCCCUGAGGGUGGGGGCACCCUCAGGGCACUAUAGUGCCAGGAAAACGAGUAUGUUUUCCUGGCACUAUAGUGGUCCUUUAAGAAAGAAUGGGUUUUGUGCGAAACUCUAGUGGAGCACUAGUGACUAUGGAAAGUAGUGAUGUGCCGAACGGUUUGCGAACAGUUCGCCACGAACGGUUCGCCGCGGACUCAUCAACAGACACAGUCAGCAGACACAUUCCAGCCAAUCAGCAGCAGACCCUCCCUCCCAGACCCUCCCACCUCCUGGACAGCAUCCAUUGUGAAGCUGCAUUCUUAUUGAGCUGUCCAGGAGGUGGGAGGAUCUGGGAGGGAGGGUCUGCUGCUGAUUGGCUGGAAUGUGUCUGCUGACUGUGAGGUACAGGGUCAAAGUUUACUCAAUGAUGAGUCCGCGGCGAACAGUUCGGUACAUCACUAAUGGAAACAUAUGGAAUUUACUUUCUGCUUGCUAUGCUUUUACAACUGAUCUUUAUAUAUUACCCCAUUGUGUUUUGUUUUACUAACUAAUAUGCUGAUGACAAUUGAGAUUUCUGCUAGUUUCCUUUGCAUGGAAAUGUCUAAGUUGUGCUUAUGUCCCUUGUUCGUACCUGUGCAUUACAGAAGGGGAGAGAAUACGUUUUAUUAGUAUUUUUUUGUUUAUAAUUUUGAAAUGCUUUAUACAACUUGUAAGUAAUGUAAAGUAUAUCAAAUCUUUAUUUGCAUCAGUUGCCCAUUAAAGCAAGAGUUAAUAAUUUCUUUAAUUGCCUACAUAUCUAACAUGGUACCCUUCACUACUUAUGUUGUUAAAAUAAAGCACUAUGGUAAAGGGCCAAAAUUAUGUCUUUUAUGGCACAAGAAAUCCCCUUUAACAUGUUCCAAAGAUCUGAUUGGAACAUUAUUUAAUAUGGUUGUGAGCGAUCUCAUUGUUAGCUUGUUAGAGUACAUACAUUGAAAAUAGUCACGGACACAAAGCAGGGCUUUGUUUAAAGAAGUUAAAGAAUUUGGCAUUGAUGCUUACAAUGUAUAUUAGAAAAACAAGAAUCCUUUCAUUCUGCCGACUACUGCAAAUGCUGAUAUUCAUAAAGAAGCAAACGGAUAUUUAAUCACAGUGGUUACAACAAGGCAGUCGUUUUUCUCACAAUUGUUAUUUUUUCUUCAUUUCUUUUUUUAAAAGUAACACUCUAAUAUUUUAUAUAUAUAUAUAUAUAUAUGUACGUGCAUUUUUAUUUUUUACUUUUUUCCAAGUCUGAUGUGUUCAUUUACUAAAAUUACUAAAUUAAAUUAAUUUAUUAAAUUAAAUCAACUGGCCCCCAUUCAACAACAACCAAAAAAAAAACAGUUUAAAACAUUAUCAGUAUUCCAGCGCCAUGACUGCUUACUCACUGAAGUAAUCAAGCUUGAUGACUUUUGUCCAAUCAAAUGCUUCUCUUAAAGAAGCAUUGAGAACACUUGAAGCAUGAGUGGCAGUCUUAGCAAUCUGCCAAUCCAGUUCUUCUUUAUCUGUGAUUGACAGCCACUAGACUAGGCUUGUGAAUUUACAAUCUAAAGAUUGCUGGUUUCUCUUCCAGUUUGCAGUUGCUAGAUUGAUCACUGGUCAAUAGUCAAGAUACAUGUAUUGAAGUUUGAAAAAACAAAAUGAGGAGUUAAGCAAUGGAUACUAAUACAAAUUCUGACUAAGUCUUAGGUGACCUUUUCAAUGAAAGGCCUUGACUUGAAGGACCUUUAAUUAAGCAUCAUAACUUUAAAACAGGACAGAUUGGAAUAACAAUAAAAAACUUUACAUGCAAACAGAAUUUAAUAGUUUGCUAUGCCAAAACCAGAAUUUAAAAAAAAAAAUGUCACGUGCUUUUUCUGUCUCAAAGUUUGUGAGCAUGCAUUCCUGUGCAGACAGCCAUGAGAACCGGCUUUACAAUUUGCUAGAUCCAUGAUUAAAGGGAUUCUCCAGUGCCAGGAAAACAAAUCACUCCCCGGCACUAGAGGAUCCUGGAGUUAAAACCCCUUCAGCUACUUACCUGAAUCCAGCGCCAAUGUCCCUCGGGACUGUGUCAGGCUCCGCCCACGCUCUUCCCCUGCUAUGGGGGAAAUCUGACGCUGGAGGUCCGUGAGGACUUCCAGCGUCAGAUAACGGACCAAAAGUCUGUUACGAAUCCUGAAGUGCCCCCAGUGGCUGUGGAGUUGGAGCUGCAAUGUAAACAUUUCAGUUCUCUGGAACUGCAAUGUUUAACAUUGCAGCACUAAGUGCACAAAGGUUACAGCACCCAGACUACUUCAAUUAGCUGAAGUGGUUUGGGUGCCUACAGUGUCCCUUUAAGAUGUAUACUACCUAGUUUGUGAUACAGUAGCAAGUGUAUUUUAUAAUGAACUGCACAACAAUUCAAUUUAAUAGGGUUUACUGGGAUAAAUCAUUAAAUAACCACUAAAGGCACCCAGAUCACUUCAGCUCAAUGAAGCGGUCUGGGUGCCAGUUCCCCCUAGUUUUAACCCUGCAGCUGAAAACAUAGCAGUUUCAGAGAAACUGCUAUGUUUACACUGCAAGGUUAAUCCAGCCUCUAGUGGCUGUCUCUUUGACAGCCACUAGAGGCGCUUCUGUGAUUUACACUAUUUGCGAGUAAAUCGCACUUAUCUGAUGCUGGUUUUAACCCCUUCAGCGCCGAGGGAGGGGGGCACUCCAAUUGUCUAUAGUGCCAGGAAAACGGGUUUGUUUCCUGGCACUAUAGGAUCCCUUUAAGGAGACACAGACAAAUUCCACAGCUCCUCUGGACUAAUCAUUAUGUUUUUCAGUGGUUUUCAGUAGAAGCUGAGUAUCAAGCAAACGGAUGGGCUUCAUAGAAUCAUACUUAAUUUUAAUUCCUGGGGAAUCCAGCACUAAGCCUAGAGCAUGCAAACUAUUAUUAAAAUAGUUUUGCCAUCAAGAAAGCCAUCGCGUUAUGAAUAUUUGAUCAAAAAUGUUGAUGGUGUAUUCAGAAUAAUGAUGCUACAAAACAUGUAAAAUAAAAUACAUUAAUCUAGAAGAGUGAGUGAUCUGUAUUCUAAAGGAACUGGGUUAACUAGCCUAAAGAAAAAACUUUCAGCUAUGUGGCUUAGAACACCCGAGGAUAAUAAGUAAAGUGAGAUAUAAUACAUCAAAAUGAUUAGAUUUAUCUGUUCCUUUGCUCUAAAUGCAGGUCUCGGCUUGCAAACUGCAUCAGGAAGAGACUGAGAAUUUUUUCUAGGAUACCAUGUAAUUUUGUUUAAAAUUGAAAAAACACGCUUCGUGUGUCUUGCAAAUUGUUGUAGCUUGCCUCGACUUGUAAAAGGCACAACCAGUUUACCUGAUUCUCAAGGAGACUAUUAAACAAAACCAUCUGACUAAUAUAGCCUCAGGGUUACAAAUGUAACAAACUCUGCAAAGGGCUAUUGGAAUGUCUGCCAGAGUUUUAAAGGUGAUGAUGAGCAGACACCAGAUCCUAGCAUUCCACUCUGUAUUCUCCAGAUCAUUUUCUUUAACUGCUUAAACAUUUAAACUGUGCUAAUUGCAGACACUUUAUGAAUCAGCCAAUGCUAUUACAUUCGAAAACUCUACAGGUUCUUAUCUUUCAACAUAUAUAUUUUACCAAGAAAUUCCAACUUGUAGUAUAUUACAAAAGAUUUAUAAUAUUAGAUAAUGCACUACUACAGAUCAUCAUGACUUUUGCAAUCCUGUAGAGGUCACACUCAAAACAGUGAAUUAAAACGUUAAUAUUUCUUUUUUUACACAGUGCUUAUAACGUUCUAUUUUAUCAUAAGAUUUUAUUAUUCAUUUAUUUGAUUUAAUAGCAUUGUAUAAGCUUUCCAAAUAAUGUAAUAUUUGUGGAUUACCGUUAAAAAUGGUUUAAUAUUAUGAAUCAUAUUUUAAUUUUGUGAUAGUUUAAUAUAUUUUUUCAUAUAGAUAUUUUUAUACAUGAUAUAUUUUUUUAUUUUCAUAUUUUGAAAAAUAUCAUUUUAAACGUUUAUCCAAAAAUAUUGAAUCAUUUGAAAAGCUUAUCCCAAAAUAUUAAAAUGGAGGCCAAUCUUGGGAAAACUUGAGUGGAUGUUGGAGUAGUCUUUAUACUUUUUAGUUUCUUGGUACACAAAAAAGUGUUGCUAAUGUAAUGUAGAUUUAAGCAGGAAUUUAGAGUUUGGGUAUCUUUUCUGGUUAAAGUCUCAGAAUGCUGCACAGUGGUGAAUUUAUUUAUUACUGGCAUUAAAAAAGCACCAACAUAUUCCACAGCGCUGUACAAUUAGGAAAAAGACAAACACGAUAAGAACAGACUGAUACAACAAGCAAAGGACCCUGCUCGUGAGUUUAUAAUCUAAAGGUUAAAAUGGGGAGAUGAGACAGGAGAUAGCAGAGGAAUUUUAAUGUGAUGGUAAAGAAAAUUAAUACUAUAACUGCAGCAGCUGAUAACAUGCAAAUGGCAUGAGGUGGUGAUUGACUGUGGUUCCAAAUAGCUGAAAGUAAUGCUAUAUAGUUAGAAGGAACCAGGGUGGGCUGGAGGAGGGAAGGUAGAGGUGAGUAAAAUUAAAUGGCCUUUUUGUUGCAGGAAUGGAUGUGGGUUUGGGCCUAAGGAAGAGAGCUAAGACAGUUACAUAAAUAAUGAGAUUAUAAAUACAACAAGUAUAUGCAGUGUUAUUUUUUUUUUGAUAGCUCUCUAAAUGAAAUAGUUCUCAUACAUAAUGUGAUGCAAUGAAUACAUCAAUGCACAUGAUGAACUGGCAGUAACAUGCUUCAUUGUGUAUUUUUCCACUCUUGCAUGUGUAUGCAUUACUAUCUAAACUGUGAAACAAGGGAACAUGCCUUCUUUUCUAACUGCUAUGAAGUGAUUAUUAAGGCAGUUACUUAGCAGUGGGACCACAGCCAUUAAAAACUAGAGCUGCUUGACUGUUCCGGAUAAAUGCACCCUCAUUCGGAAACACAGAUAGUGUGAGUUGGGAGAUAACGUUUGUACCUUUCAAGGAAACAGCAGAUGAUUUUUUUUUUCCUCUCCACUACCCACCUAUGAGUUCAUUCCACACCUUUAAUCAGACGCACAAUGAGAGAUACAGGAAAAGGAACAAUCUCUGUGUCCAAGCGGCAGUAACUUAAUACAUUCAGUGACUUGAAUCAACCCAGCCCUUUUAUACUCUCAGCUAAGAUUCACAAACAUUAAAUCUAUUAUUGUCAUCUGGUAGCAUAAUAUUUUAUUUUUAACUGUUUAAAAAGCAAAGGUCUCUUAGUUUUUGAAAGUUUAAUGCCUAAACAUUUGUUUGCCUUUUUCUAUAUUACAGCAAAUAAAUAAAUAUGUUAUACACAUCUUGUCUCAUUGGCAUGGAAAACACAUAAGCACCAUUGCCGCAAUGUUGUUUAUUACUUGUAACACUGUAGUGUAAUCCUGCUUGAAUGGAUGGCUGGAACAUUGAUCUUUUUUACAGUAGAGAACAAAACAUAUUAAUAUUUGAUUGCCACGUGUUUCCUUUAAAUGUAUAAUGUUUGAAUGUACCAUACGUGAGAGAAAUCCAAAUGCAUUCUUCAUGGUUAAAAGAAAUGUUGUAUCUAAAUUUGUUAUAGUGAGAUAUAGUUGCAAUCAUACAUUCAUAAUUAUAAAUGAAGGAAUGAUCAUACUGUUAACGAAGAUGGAGAGUAAUGAUAAUAGCCUAUGAUAGAUCUGUAUAGUAAAUCUGUUCAAGAUGAGGUGAAUAGGAAGGGGAUAUAGUCGUACUGUGUACUUUAAUUAGUGGAUUGGAAGGUAAACUAUACGCAAUACAGAAAUUUAGCCAUAGUGAGUGCAUGGAUUCCUAUAUGAGAAGGGUGGACAAAUACUGUCACAGUAUGUGCAGCAGUCCAUAGAUGAAACAUAUAAUGACACAAUGGGGAUACAUGGAUUUAUUGUAUACUUUGCAUGGUGGAUAAGAUUUAUAGUAAUAAAUACAUGAUGAGUAGUUAGUGUUAUAUUGUAUUGUUGGCGUAUAAGAAGGAUAAUGACAUAAUUUGGGUGUAUAUAGUAAUUCUAUAUGCAGCAGUUGGCUAAAAAAAAUAAUAAUAAUGGUACUACGGGAAAUGUAGCGUACACAUCAGUACGUCAUACUGUGUAUUUCAGCUGCAGACUUAGAAUAAUGCCAGCCAUAUGGCAGUACUGAAUUCAUAGUUUGGUGCAUAUAAACACAAUGGAGAAAUAUAAUGUUACCUGCAUAUAUCAGUUGUUGGAUGGGAAUGAAACAAUGGAGAUAUUCGGUACAUUGUCUACCCUGAGUUAGGUGGUCAGGAGUGCAUUCACUACAGACUGGCAUGCCCUUUUAUUGUGCAGACCCAUCCUUUUCAGAUGAGAACUCUCAGAUUUUGGUCUUUGCCAGUUAUGUAAGUGGCAUCGCUAGCACACCCAACAAAGGCUUGCCUACCAUUUGUCCCUGUUUCAUACCCAAAAACCAGUGGCGUACCUACCACGGUCGCAGCUGCGACCGGGCCCCUCACUCCAGGGGGCCUGGCCGCAGCCACGAUCCCUGCGACCGUGGGCCGCCUGGAUACCUCCCGGGUGUCUGACAGGAGGGGAGAGCUGUGCUGGUCGAGCGGUCUGUCAGGAAGUGCUUACUAUGAGAGCACUACCUGUCAGCCCGGGAUGCUGUCCCGUGUUCCCCCCUGUCAUGGGGGGACCCAAGAGGUGGCCUGCUGGCAACCUAAUGGACCCACCCUGGCGGGAGGCUGUGUUCCCAGCAGAGUCGGCAAGGAAGCUGUGUUCUCCCUGCUCUGCUCCUUCGCACGUCGUUUGCUGAUGCCGGGAGCUGGAAUAUGACGUCAUAUUCCAGCUCCCGGAAUCAGUAGACGGCCUGCACAACACGAGGGAGCAGAGUAGGGAGAUCACAGCUCCCUCGCUGUCUCUGCCGGGAACACAGCCACCCGCCGCGCUGAAGACCCACGGGACCCCAGGGACAGAUCCACACCAGCUCUCCAGGUAGGGAGACUGGGUGGACAUUUUUUUAUUUAAAAAAUAUGUAUAAUUUGUGUGUGUCUGUGAGUGUAUGUGUGUGUAUGUGAGUGUGUGUAUAUAAGUGUGUGUCUUUACAUGUCUGUGUGUGAGUCUGUAUGUAUGACUGUCUGUCUGAAUGGGUCUCUGUGUAUAUGUGUAUUUAUGUGUAUGUCUACAUGUAUGUGUCUGUGUAUGUGUCUGCAUGUGUAUCUGUUUUUCUGCAUGUGUGAGGGGGCAGGGACAUAUGGGGGGGGCCCAGGGCAAUUUUUGCACCAGGGCCCUGUGGUUUCUAGUUACACCUCUGCCCAAAACACUUAUAUAAAUCAUAAAUGCAAUAUUGAAAUUAGCCCUAGUCAUUAUUCUAACAUGCACUAUAGUCCCUAAUGUUAUAAAUAUCCAGAUUUAAAGUCACUCCUUAUAUCUAACCCUAUGUUUAGCCCUAGCCGUAACCAUACAUUUCCUUCCUCCCCCUAACUCUAAAUCUCAUUGUAACUUUAGGUUCCUGAGAGAUCAAAUAACCGAUCUAUAUGAGUAGCCGCUACCACAACAUAUUCAACACCAUACCCUUCUAAUGGCAUUGAAUUUGCCCAAACAUGGAAAGUUUCAACCAAUGCUAUACAAUGGAAUAUAUUACCCUUUUGAUUAAAUGUGCCACAGUUCGCUGAUCCCUGGUAUAUACAUUCUCCUUUACAUACAUAAUAUUCACAUUAUGUUAUAUUUAUUCAAAAAAAAUGCUUUUUUACCUUUAAUCAGGCUUGUUCUCCAAUAUGGGAUUAACUUAAAUAUCCAUGUCUACAUGUCGUAUUUGGAAUUUAAAUGAGUAGAAAUUCUCGUGGCAGGGGGAACUUAGGAAUUUUUUUUAAGACCUGCAGGUGUACUGCUUCCCUAAAAGGGUGAGAAACACUGUGUUACAGUAUUUUGUUUUAUUAGUAUAGUGUACGUUACUUUCUAUAUUAGCAAUCUUGGAGUGAUACCAUCUUUAAGCUUGACAUAUUUUAGAAUUUUAUAUUGCUACACUGAAGGGCAACAUUCCAAAAGAAAUUGUUAUAAUGAUAGUCUGGGAGGUCUGCCAAAUGCAUUGUCGGCACCUUAGUUAUAGAAAGAACAGUAGCCUAUUAGCAAAAUGUUUAUUGCAGUACUUGCAGUUGAGCAAAUGUAGAAUUUCUAUGAUUUUUGGUCUAAUCCAAAUUUGCAUUUUAUUUGGCACAGUUCUAAAAUACCUCAGAUCCUGAUAAAACUGACUAGUUAUCACUGUUCUGCAGCAUACAUUAAUCUGUAUGAAAGAUUAAAUUUACUUCUCAUAUUGCAGAUGUGUUUUUUUUUUUUUUUUUUAAUAUUAACCUUCUAUUUCAGUCUUAGUUGUUUCCUGGAUUUGCGUCAUUUAGAAUUUGCUGUCCUAUGGUAAAAUUGGGUUGCAUAAAAAAACCUCUAAUACUCUGUUAACGCUUUGUUUAGCACAAUGAAUUUAAAUCAUGAAUUAUCCCAUUUUUUUAAAUUAAAUGUACUGUUACUGUGAUUCUAUACUGUGAUCAUUUGGCCGCUUUGUCCAUUUUGGAUUUUUCAUUCAUAGUUGGAAAAGAGGAAAAAUGUAAACAUUAAUUAAAAGUUAAUUAUUGUGUGCACUAAUUAACACAUCAGCCACUGUUUAAUUUGGCUGAUGUGUUAAUUAGUGUAAUACUUGUAUUAGGUGCGGGUCCAUGCUGUUGUCUUCUCUCGCUUUGACUACUGCAAUCCGCUUCUCAGUGGUCCUACGUGUUCCCAACUUGCUCCGUUCCAGUCUAUAAUGAAGGCGGCGGCGAGGCUCAUCUCCCUGUCUGCCCCCACCUCUCACGCCUCCCCUCUCCGUCAGUCCCUGCCCUACCCUUACCUUUUGUGUCAGUAUACCCCACUCCCUCUUGCAUGUAAGCUCAUUGAGCAGGGCCCUUAAUCCCUCUGUUCCUGUGUGUUCAACUCAUCUGGUUAAAAAUAUAUGUCUGUUAGUCCACCCAUUGUACAGUGCUGCAGAAUUUGUUGGCACUUCAUAAAUAAUAAUAAUAAUAGGUUACUUUUGUCUCUGGCACACGAACAGUUAAUCUUUUCUAAGUUUAAGAACAAAUCUAUAUCCUUUAAUCAUCCACUUCAGUGAACAUGUUUGUAUUAGCUGCCAUGACAACGUGUUUCAAGUACUCCAUCAUGAUCUAUGCACAGUCGCCAGUUUUUACAUCCAGAAGUAAAGUAGUUAACUGAGAAAACUAUUAUGUAUUUACUUAUACUAAACUGGAAGGGGGUAUAUUUGUAGAAUAGAAUAUCUCUACUUUAUUUUUGCUUUAAAGGUUUUCUCCAGCCAAAAAAAAGUGUUUUACUUCAUAUCCUCGUCACUUCUCAAACUUAAGAAAAUGAAAUAAAGCAUAAACUGACCACUGUUUAAGCGCAGAGCCUCAUUCCUCCAUCUCUGACAACCCUCCCCUUGGAUAGCAAGGGAGGGGUGCCACCAGUUUUUUUUAUAGUGAAAUUCUGCCCAUAGAGACUUCAAAUUACCAACGUUGUCAUGGUGCUUAGAAAACCUUUAAUCUUAUUAUGAUAUAGAGAACACUCAUUCCUUAGAGGGUCUAUCAGUCAUGGUGCUAAAUACAGUCUGUGUUAUUAUUUGCUCCCAAUUGUAGGACUUUUAAUGCAGCAGAUGGCCACCCUAUAAUGAGAACAGUGCCGGAUUGAGGUUCCUCCGUGCCGUUGGCAGAGCACCUGGCUCAGUGCCAGACUAGAGCAAUGGGCUCUCUUUCUGUGAGUCGUGUGUGUGUGUCGUGGCUGAGUGUUGUGCAUGCAAGAGUGAGUGGAGGAGGGUGAGAGUUGUAUGAGGCAGGCUGAAUGUAUGUGUGCGACAGUUGUAUGUGUAGUGACUGAAUUGUGUGUGUGUGUCUGUCUAGGGGAAAACAAGAAAAGAGAGAUUUUUCUUCCUUGUAUAUGGCAUAGCAGAGCACUGUACAUAGACACUAAUGAGGAACAGAGUAUGUACGCUUAUAAUUAUAACGGUGGACUUUGUCAAUUGUAUGUAUAGCCAGCCAUACAAUAGUAGCCUUCAAAUGCAGUAUUAAGGAUCAUUAUGAUAACUAUGGGAGUGAAAUGUGUUCAUUUUCUAAUGAUAUUCUAUGAAUUCAGUGUUCUAAAGUGUGUAAAGUGGACUGCAAUUUAGUUCAGAUUAUAUAGAUGACCAUAGUUACAGAAAUUAUUCUCCCACUCUUGUGAAAGCUCUGCUUAAAAUGCUUCAUUUACCCCAUCGAUAUGCCUUAUUGAAAAUACAUCCAUUUUCCAUGUGUUUUCAACAUACAGUGUGAAAUCCGUGUUCCAAAUGAACAACCUGACCACACUGGGUAGAGAAUUUCUGAACGUUGAUGGUGAGCUUAUGCGAUGGAUCUUCCCACUUGCAUUAGAAUAAGUCCCAUAGACUGACAGCUAAGACUACACAUAGACAGGUUACCAUUUGUACACGUUUGUCUCAUUAAAUAUUCUUCUAAAAUACUUUGUUCUUUACAUAGUUGAAUGUGCGGACAAAAUCACACAAAAAUUAUAAAAUGGAAAUCAAAUUUUUCAACCCAUGGAGGUCUGAAUUUGGAGUCACACUCAAAAUUAAAGUGGAAAAACACACUACAGGCUGAUCAAACUUUGAUGUAAUGUCCUUAAAACAAGUCAAAAUGAGGCUCAGUAGUGUGUGGCCUCCACGUGCCUGUAUGACCUCCCUACAACGCCUGUGCAUGGAGCGAGACAUGAUGUCCCAGAUGUGCUCAAUUGGAUUCAGGUCUGGGGAAUGGGUGGGCCAGUCCAUAGCAUCAAUGCCUUCGUCUUGCAGGAACUGCUGACACACUCCAGCCACAUGAGGUCUAGCAUUGUCUUGCAUUAGGAGCAACCCAGGGCCAACCGCACCAGCAUAUGGUCUCACAAGGGGUCUGAGGAUCCCAUCUCGGUACAUAAUGGCAGUCAGGCUACCUCUGGCGAGCACAUGGAGGGCUGUGCGGCCCCCAAAGAAAUGCCACCCCACACCAUUACUGACCCACUGCCAAACCGGUCAUGCUGGAGAAUGUUGCAGGCAGCAGAACGUUCUCCUCGGUGUCUCCAGAAUCUGUCACGUCUGUCACAUGUGAUCAGUGUGAACCUGCUUUCAUCUGUGAAGAGCACAGGGCGCCAGUGGCGAAUUUGCCAAUCUUGGUGUUCUCUGGCAAAUUUAAAACGUCCUGCACGGUGUUGGGCUGUAAGCACAACCCCCACCUGUGGACGUCGGGCCCUCAUACCACCCUCAUGGAGUCUGUUUCUGGCCGUUUGAGCAGACACAUGCAAAUUUGUGGCCUGCUGGAGGUCAUUUUGCAGGGCUCUGGGAGUGCUCCUCCUGUUCCUCCUUGCACAAAGGCGGAGGUAGUGGUCCUGCUGCUGGGUUGUUGCCCUCCUACGGCCUCAUCCACGUCUCCUGAUGUACUGGCCUGUCUCCUGGUAGUGCCUCCAUGCUCUGGACACUACGCUGACAGACACAGCAAACCGUUUUGCCACAGCUCGCAUUGAUGUGCCAUUCUGGAUGAGCUGCACUACCUGAGCCACUUGUGUGGGUUGUAGACUACGUCUCAUGCUACCACUAGAUUGAAAGCACCGCCAGCAUUCAAAAGUGACCAAAACAUCAGCCAGGAAGCAUAGGAACUGAGAAGUGGUCUGUGGUCACCGCCUGCAGAACCACUCCUUUAUUGGGGGUGUCUUGCUAAUUGCCUAUAAUUUCCAUCUGUUGUCUAUCCCAUUUGCACAACAGCAUGUGAAAUUGAUUGUCACUCAGUGUUGCUUCCUAAGUGGACAGUUUGAUUUCACAGAAGUGUGAUUGACUUGGAGUUACAUUGUGUUGUUUAAGUGUUCCCUUUAUUUUUUGAGGAGUGUGUAUGUGUAUAUAUAUAUAUAAUAAAAAUUCUUAAACCUUUAAAGAGAGAACUCACAGGACAUUUUAAUGAACAUAUCACUGCAUUUAUUGAAGCUUACUCAUUGCAAAACAAACAGGAUCAAUGUUUCAGUCCUACACAGGACUUUUAUAUAGAUAAAAUAAUUAUUUUGAUAAAAGUCCACUGUAGGACUGAAAUGCCGAUCUUGUUUGUUCUUGCAUGAGUCUGCUUUAAUAAAUGCACCAAUAUUUUCAUGAAAAAUGUCCUGUGGGUGCUCUUUAAUUUUUUUGUUUUUUGACUGAAAUCCAGCACCCAGUCAAUGAACAAUACUGUAAGAGAAGUUGAAUGCCUGUUUACUAGUCUGUCCUUUCCUGAAAUGUUAUUAGACUUGGGAUCUGCAAUAACAUAGGAUAUAGGUGGGUACUUUGAGACACUUUGAGAGGUUUUGGGGGGUUUGGAAUAAGAAUGACUUUAACUUUAACGGUUAAUGACGGUUAACUGUGGAACAAAUACUGUUUGGUGGAUACAAUUAAUAGACUAUUAGCAUUAAGCUUUCUCUUUAUUGAAGUCAACUUGCUUCCUAGGUUCACUGUGUUUCACUGACGUUGUUUUUAGAGUCCAUUUGAAUACCUAUAACAGUGUUUUUUACUUUAAUUUGUUCCAUAGGCAAUUCCUUGGUGUGCCCCCCUUAAAGAGAUACGCUAUUAGUUGAAAUUUGAGUAAGGUUCAUCUCAGUGAAGUCCCUGGGCAAAAUCUUACUUAAUGUGUUAAACCUUUUUCCAAUGGUUGAAUAACUAAGAUGUCCUCCUGUUCUUUCUCAGCUUAGUGAUCAUGCUGAUCACAGAAGGGAAUCAUUAAAAAAAAACAUAGGUUGCCAGUGACUGGCUCAGUCCAACAGAUGACUUGCCUAUUGCUAGUCCCGUAAGUACUGUACAGCAGUGUGGAUGGCUCCCUUGGAGCAUGUUACGUGUUAAAAGCAUUUUAGGUGGAAAAUGGUUUAACAUCUUCAGGUAAGACGUCACCCAGUGAUUCCAGCCACUAUUUAAAAUCAUUUAAAUAUAAAUGUGAAAUCAUACAUGAACAGAAAAUUGGACUUAAAUAUAAAAUGUAACUGGAAUAUGUACUAUAACUAUAUAAAGUGAUUUUACUCAAGGUUCUUAAAUAUUAAGAAUAGGGGAUACACAUAAAAAUAAACUGUAUUGUAAGUAAGAGUUAUGUGUUAUAUUUUAAAUCAUUGGAAGACAGUGGACAUCAUUUGAAGUGUUGAUUUAUUGAUGAUAUCUCCCUAUACUGUAUCAUUUGAAAUGUUCCUAAACUGUAUUCUCUCAGCUUUAAUCGUGGUCACAUCCCUGGCAGCAUUAGCAUUCCAUUUGGCUCUGCAUUUACCACAGAAGGAGAACUGGUGCCAUGCACUGCCAGUGCCACACUACAGAGUUUUAAGGGCAAAGUUGUUGUGAUAGUUGGACACGUUGCAAAAAAUACAUCUGAGGUAAGUUUCAACCUGCUGACUAGUCUUUUCUCUUGUUUUGGUCAAGACUAUUAUUGCAUUUACAGGUCAUGUUAAUGAUUGCUGUAUCUUUUAUUCACUACUUGUAAUUGUGAUGUUAGAGUGGAUAUCCCAAUGUUGGCAUAGCUAUUUAUCUAAACAAAACUGUGUACCGUCAGUAGUGAGAACCUGUUACAUCUGUAGCGAGAUACACUACUGUUCAAUCUAUGAGACUGCUACUUCCAGUGUUAUGUGAUUUCUAACCAGUAUAUGACACUUACUAUUAUAUAACAAUAUCCUAUCCCUUCCAAUAUCCUACUUUUUAUGAUCUUGUGUUACACAACAUAUGGCAGAACGACAGAUUGACUGGCUAAUCAACAAAUGCUUUAUAAAAUAUGAGAUAUCAAACUCUGUUAAGGAACACAUCAAGUUGGACGUGACAUUUAUUUUUAAUGUAUUAUAUAGAUAGUGCAUUAAAAAUAAGCAAAUAAAUAAAAUAAUGAUAAAAAUUAUUCACACCUUUAAACUCCCUGCAAUCCCAAGGUCUCCAGCUUUUGUAGUUUGUUUUGUCCAGACUAGUUCUGUAGGCUAUCAGGAGGCACACAUUCUAUUUAUCUAAAUCUAUUUCAAAAAGUCGUGCAGGGUUUAUAACAUUUCAUUAAAAGGUUUCUAUAGUGUUAGGAAUACAGAUUUGUAUUCCUACCACUAUAGUGCCCUCUAGUCCCCACCUGACUCCAGCAUGAUGUCCCUUCGCACAGGGUCGGCGAUCUGCCUCCUGUGAUGUCAUUCGAUGGGGGUACCUAAUGCACAUGCAUCGCAAGUGCAUUAGGUCAUGACUAUAGGAAAGCAUUAAAUCAAUCAAUGCAGAGUGUGACAAUGCCAAGCAUCGUUUAAGGGACUCAGAGUCCACUAGAAUGCAGGAAGUCCAGAGUCCACUAGAAUGCAUGAAGUUCCUCUAAUGACAGUCUAUUACAUUAUUGCAGUUUAUCUAAAACUGCAAUGUUUUACAUUGCAGGACUAAGAGGGACAGGGGCAGUGCAACCAGACCACUUCAUUGAAAAGAAGUGGUCUGGGUGACUAUAGGGUCCCUUUGAAUGGACACUCUAAGCACUAUAAACAGUACAGCGUGUAGUGGAAGCUGUCCCACAUAUGUUCUAACGUUGCACAAAACUAAUAUUGCUUAUGGCGAAAUGUGAACAUCUGCUUUAGUAAAUCAAUGCAGACCAAAUGGACCGCAGGUACCCGAUAGAGCCAGAUAAGUGUCAAAUCAUUCAUAAACCAUUUAAACAGCUUCAAAUGUGAAAGGCCUAUGGGACUCCUGGCAACAUAACCGCUACAACCAGUACUUAUCCCUUUAAGUACUUGCUAGCAUUUCUAUAAUCACUUAUGAAUUUAUGCCUGAGCUGCUGCUGCUUACAGCUUCACUGGAAGCUCCAUUCAUAAUCUGAGCUGCACCAGAGGACUGAAAUGUAUGUACUGGGAGAGCUUUGCAUUUUAGUGGGACCACUGGAACACAGUUUGACAAACAUGUGGACAGCACAGGGCCGGCCUUAGGCCAUUAAGCGCCCUGUGCGAAAAAUCUUCAUGGCGCCCCCCACCAAGAUGCCUGUACACAGUCACACACACAGGCACAAGCAGAUAGUCACACAAACAGUUACAAGCAGAAUCAGACACGCUCAGUUGCAGGCAGACAGUUACACAUGCUCAAUUACAGGCAGACCGUCACAGAGCCAGACACACAGUCACAGGCAGACAGUCACAUACACAGUCACAAGCAGACAGUCACACAUAGUCCAUUACAAGCAGACAGUCAUACACACUCCGUUACAGGCAUGUAGACACUCACGCACUAUUAUAGGUACACACACACUCAGUUAAAGGCAAAUAGUCACACAUACAGACACAGGCACACACAACGGCACAGCUACAGCGACACACAACGGCACAGCUACAGCGACACACACAGGCAGUCACACACACACACAGGCAGGCGGUCACACACACAGGCAGUGAAACAGACAGUCACACACACAGGCAGUCACACACACAGACAGACAGUCUCACACACACACACCCUGGCAGGCAGACACAUGAACAGGCAAACAGUAACACACAGACAGGCAGACACAUGAACAGGCAAAAAGUCACACACACACACACACACACAAAGGCAGACACAUCAACAGGCAAACAGUAACACACACACAGACUUACCUCUUUCCAUUAUGGCUGGAAUGGGGAGUGGAGGCAGUUGGUUGUUGGGGAAGCAGGGGCGCCUUCCUGCUUCCCUCUUCCUGUGCAGCUUCGGAUAUGUAUAGGCCCCGCCUCAUGUUAAGCCCCACCCGCCGCACGUUAAGCCCUGCCCCCCACCGCCGAGAUUAUUUCUAUUUUUUUUUUUUAAUAGACCCGGGUGGAGAAUAAUUAAUCCUCCACCCGGGUACCUGUUUUAGCUCCCCUGUCAGCCGGCCAUGUGCGAGCUGUCUCGGCUGUUAGGGCGCCCCCUGGUCCAUGGUACCCUGUGCGGCCGCACAGCUUGCACACCCCUAAGGCCGGCCCUGGGACAGCACUCAAAGACUCCUUGCACCAUAACCUCUGCUAAGCAGAAACGAUUUUGGUGUUUAGAGUGCCAUAAUAAGGAGUAAUAUACAUUCCAAUUAAUUGCAAGGUACCACUUUCUCAAUAAAUAUAUAUAUAUAUAUAUAUAUAUAUAUAUAUAUAUAUAUAUAUAUAAAUAAAAUAAAUGCAUUUGCACCUAUAUAAUUGAAAAUUAUGCUUAUCUCUUAAUACCUUGCAUGGACCAAAUCCUCAGGAUCUGCAUUUCUCAAUCUCUGUCAAGACCAGGAAAUACAUAAAAUCUCUCACACAAUUGUGGACCCCCUCUGUAACUCUGAAUAAAGCACUGAUAUGCAUUAUUUAUAGAGUAUUGAUUAUAUCCAUGUGUGGUGCUUCUACAGGGACAACAUUUCAUAAUGGGCAUUCAUGUGCUCAGUAUGAAGCAAGGCAUGAUUAGUGACUGUAGCAGACAGUAAGUACUUGAAGAUAUAGCCCUUGUUUGAAUAUACAGCCCUUCUGGAUGCUGCAGAACCUUUACAAAGUAUAUUUUCAAAACAGUAAAAUACUGAAUUAUUAUUUUAACACAUUAAUAGUCAGUUUGCAAUGAACUGAUAAGUGAAACAAAAACUGUCAUCAAUCCAAUUUAACAUCAUCCAUAAUGUAAAAUCAACAGCAAACUGUGUAAUGGAGAGAGAAAAUGUCAAAUACGUUAUCAAAGGUCUUUUCACUGCCAUGUCGCUUGAAGGGCAUUUAGGGUGUAUUUAUUUUUAUUUUUUUAAGUAAUCAGAUUUCUGACCUUUGUACAUGCACAGUGUCUUUUUAUGUAAUCUAAAAUAUGAUAUUUGGCAUACAGUUUUCCAUUUUUAUCUCAGAAUAAGAGUGAGAUUUUCCUGGGUUAUACUUAAUUCUGUCCAAUGAAUAAGUGGAAAAGGUCAUCAUGCGACAGUUAUAUCAAAUUGCUGCAGUUGCAGCAGUUAAUGCCAAGCUAUGGCAGUGUUUGCUGAGUUUGUGUUUACAUAGCUAUUUCUUUAUGACAAACAUUAGGCGAUGUUUUCAGUUGAUUAGUAAAUAAAUUGAAGCAGCUCUAUCCUUUUAUUUUUUUCAUUAAUGAUUUCCACUCAUAAAACAACACAGAGUUACCAGAAAGCAUUUUGUAUAUUUUGCAUACCCCUAAGCCGACGUGGAUUCUGUGGGACAGUCUUGUUUUGUGGCACUGUAUUGCUGUCCCAGGUUCAAUACCAGGGUUAACUGCUAAAGUGAGAAUUCAAGGUGCAUUCAAAGUGAAUUUCAAAUUUAAAGGAACACUAUAGCGUUAGGAAUACAAAUGUUUUACAUUGCAGGAUUAAGGGACAGGAACACUGCAACCAGACCACUUCAAUGAAAUGAAGGUGUCUGGGUGCCUAUAGUGUCCCUUUCAGGUGAAAAUAGCUGAACUGGAAAAAUUCUCUAAGUCAGCCAGGCUUUCAGCUCAGCUACUCUGGCCUUAAUUUUGAAAUUCAUUUUGAAUUCUUACUUUAGUUAAAAAGCCUGGAAGUGUAGCUCGAGCAUAUCAUUGCUCAAUGCUUUUCUUCCUAUAUAAAAAACACUUUAGCAACACUCUGAGAACUGGCAAGCCUGAGUAAAGUUGGAAAACCUAGCAAGCUGAUUUCCCUUUCUAGAGGAUCUGAGCACCCCAUGCAGCAUCGGAUGUGGUGUUAGCUUGAUAAAGACCUGCGUGCAGGUCGAAACGUUGCAAUGUCCAAUAAAUCUGCUUGACUUAUCACAGUGAGUGCUGAAAUGUGUCUAUGUAUACCCAUUUCAAUAGAAUGACCACUUCAUUUAGCCGGAGAAUAACCUAUACAUGUCAGAGAAAGCUAUCUUUGUCUCUGUGCAACAAUAUCCUCAGGGCAUGCUUAUACACAGCUAUUAUUUACAGUGAACUCCUUAAUUUAUCUCUUACCUAAGGUGAAUGGAAUCCACUUCUUGAAGGGUUAGUUUGCUUUAAUUGUAACAAGUAGCAAAAGAAUGCAGGAGGGAGAUACCAUAGUACACUGCAUAUCGGUCAGUCACACCGACAAGAAAAUCUUUGUCUUCUCACAGACUUCAAUGCAUUUCUACACAUGAAGUCCAAACCAUAUUUUGCAAUGCUGUUACUGAUAUUUUUUUCACACUCACCAGGAAUGUUAAUAACAUCCCUUUAGAUAAAUAAUAGGAAACCGUUUAAAACAUGACAAUGUUUCAUUCUUUCCCAGAUGUUACUGAUGAGAAUUGAAAAGGCCUUUGCGUUAGCAGGAAAGUGAUGUCAUCAUUUCACCCCUGUCCUCUGCAUUCAAUAAGAUGUAAAACGUUUCAUUUUUUUUUUUUUUUGGCACAAAUCUGGAAGAGCAAUUAACAGAAAUGAUCCAUAGAAUGCCAGUGGCUUAGAUCCAUCACAUUAAUUUAUUCUAAUGUAUUCUUUCUAUUAUAUUCCAGAAAACUGCUUGUGUGAGAAAGCAUCCCCCUGCAUCUUAUGAUUUUAGUUAAACCCUCAGGAAUUGUAUCAUUGGCACAUCUAGGGAAACCCAAAUGUAAAGAAAUACAAAAUAUAUCUAUACACACAAAGUAACAUUACAUAAUGUUAAGUAUCAAAAUCACAAACCUUAAAAACCCUUACAUGCUCAUAAUAGCUUGUGAUAAUACACAGAUACAAAGCAGCAACUAUCCAAUCAUAUAUCUGAUCUGCAGAAUCAUUAAUAGUAAAAAUACAAUAUAUUUAUUCUAGCAAACUCUUUAAAGGGACACUAUAGUGUCAGGAAAACCCCUUCAGCUACUCACCCUAUUCCCCCGCCGGGCUCCCUUACCUCUCCUCUCCCGCCGACGUCAGCAUCCUCGUCCGAUGUCACCAGCGCCGAAUGCGCAUGCACGGCACUGCCGCGCACGCAUUCAAAGUGUCCGUAGGAAUAUGCCUCAAUAUGCCUCAAUCAUUGCCGAUGCACCUCUAGUGGCUAUCCGGAAGACAGCCACUAGAAGCUGGCUUAACCCCAGAUGUAAACAUAGCAGUUUCUCUGAAACUGCCAUGUUUACAUCAGACAGGGUUAAAACUAGAGGGACCUGACACCCAGACCACUUCAUUGAGCUAAAGUGGUCUGGGUGACUAUAGUGGUUCUUUAAGUGUCAUUGUUACAAAAAUUCCAGCGAGAAAUUAAUAAAUCUAAAAACAAUACUGUAAAAUAAAAAUAAAAAAAACUAUUCACAUUUCCAGGUAACUAUGAAAUAUUUUGUUUUUGUAAUUACUGGAGCAGCCACUAAUUGCCAAUUGGUGAUCAUCAUUAAUGGCAGAGACAACCAUUUUAGCAAUGAGCUACUUAUUGAUAAAAUAUUGCAACAAGCAUGGAAACUAUAGUAGAAAUUGUAGUUUACAUGAACAUGUCAAAGUGUCUCUUUCCACAGUAUAACUAUUCAAACGUAAGUUAAACAUAAUUUGAAUUUUGGACUCUUUUGAGUGGGCAUUGUUUCUUACAACAAUACUUUGCAAUUCUUCUAUACCAUUGAUGGCUAAUCUGGAUAUCCCAUAUGUUUGGUAAAUACAAUUGUCCAUGAUACUGAAUAAGUUGCAUUUUCAGUUAAAUUUGGGGAAAUCAUUUGAAACAUUUAUUGUCUUGAGCUAUUUCAAUAACUUUUGUUUUAUUUGUUCAUUACAAACAGCUGAAAGUCUGUAAACUUUAAAGGACCAGUAUAGUGCCAGGAAAGCAAACUUGUUUUCCUGGCACUAUAGGGUCGAUAGGUCCCCCCACCCUCAGGGCUCCCCUCCCGCUGGGCUGCAGGGGUUAAAACCCCUUCAGGCACUUACCUUUCUCCAGCGCCGGCUCCCUCGGCGCUGGUGACCUAUCCUCCCCCUGCCAAUGUCAGAUCCGAAUGCGCAUCCGCGGCAAGAGCCGCACACACAUUUAAACCGCCCAUAGGAAGGCAUUACUCAAUGCUUUCCUAUGGACGUCCAGCAUCUUCUCACUUUGAUUUUCACAGUGAGUAUCACGGAAGCGCCUCUAGCGCUGUCAGAGGCUGGAUUAAUCCUCAGUGAAACUGCUAUGUUUUCAGCUGCAGGGUUAAAACUAGAGGGACCUGGCACCCAGACCACUUCAUUGAGCUGAAGUGGUCUGGGUGCCUAUAGUGGUCCUUUAACAAUAAAAAUAAUUUUCAAUGGGAGUUGAAUCAUUUUGAUUACAACUAUAUAUAGGUGCUUUAAGCCAAGAAAUGUAGUUCAAAAACAUGGGACCAAGGACAGACACAAUUGUUAUAUAGUUUGGUUGCACGCCUCCCAGUAGUCCUGAUUUCAUUGGGGUGGUCCCGAUUUCGGGGUCGUGUCCCACCAUUCGUAGUUUGUCCCCACAAAAUAGUAAACCAGAACAGAAGUGCAAGCUACCCCCAAAACAGCAAGCUCAUAAUUAGUGCUCUGCAAAGAGCACUGAAACUCUUGGAUAGGUCGUUCUGCCCCCUUUGGGUGAAGCCAGUGCUAAAAUUUGCAUCACUGGACUGCCCCUGUUCCUCGCUCAUCUGUGUCAUAUGUGGAUGUCUUUUGUGAGCUGUGUAUCAAGCCACACAAAAUGCAGGCAGUUUAAAGCAUGGUUAGGAGACUGUUGCUGGGAUCAUGCAAUAUAUUUGCUCUCAGAUUUCAGUUCCACAGAACACCUAUUUAAAAUAUUUACCCCGAUCAAUCUGUAAUGGACUUAUUCACAUAUAUUGUAGCUGCAAUCAACGUUAAUUUUCACUAUGCAAAUUUGUGAUAUUGCUUUAGUUACUUUUUGCAUACAUAUAUCUAUUUCCAGAAAUAAUGCAUCCAAAAAUAAUUACUUUCCUUUUUAUCUUCUUACAAAUAAUGUUAAAGUCCAGAGUGUGGGAACUAAAUAUUAUUAGGGGCUGAGGGAGAUGCUGGAAACAUGCCUGGCUGAAGGUCUCUCUCUGGUCUCUGAAAGACUGGCCAAGAGAAAUUCUUUCUGUGUUUUCUUCAUGGUGUCAUGGGUUCCUCGGUCACUGACUUGAUGACCCACAUUUUAAAGCUCUUGUAUAGUUCCUGUUUGUAUCAAAGAAACUAUUAAGCAAAUAGCAUCAUAAUAAUGCUCUGCCAGAUUACAUUUCACUUGACUCACUAGCUCAAGACUUAUUCAUCAGACAUUUGCCUUUACGCCAUUGUAAAAGGAGCAUUUAUUGAAAAAUCUCAUUAGAUCUGAUUACUUUUAUGCAUGCAUCUGAAAAGAUAACAGUUGUUCUCAGUAAGGAUAUUUAACUUUGCCUCACACAUGCCUCCUUGGUCAGCUUUUCUUGCUUAACUAAUUCAUGAUUGCAAUCUGCAAGUUAAUGUUCCAGAAUAAUUACAUGUGAACUAAAGACAAAAACUCCAGAGUAUAGGAAUUUGCUCAUUAUCCACAAAGGUGAUGCAAAAAUAUAAAUGUUCACAACUUCGUGUGAACCUUUAAUAUCUGCUGUUUUAAUGAAGUCACUUUAGAAUAUGUCAGUUCUAAAUCCUGUUUUCAUCUCUUUUCAUUGUGAGUGUUUUCUUUUUAAUGGACCAAAAAAAUUGUUGCAAUUGUUUAUUUAGAGCUGUUGGGUGAUAUUAAAGGACCACCGAAGAUACCCAGACCGCUUCACCUCAAAUAAGUGGUCUAGGUGCAGUAGACCUUAAGUUUUGUAGAAACUGGAAUGUUUAUAUUGCAGGGUUAAACACAUCUCCAGUGGUUGUUGUAUUGGCAGCUACUAGUGGUGUUUACCUGUGAGAACUGAUUCAGGAUCUAGUCUCAAUAAAAUGCUGCACCAUGGGAAUUGCUGCGCAUGCACACUAGCCUUCCAAUGCUACUGUUUAGAUUAUUGAUGAUCUUAGCCAGGUUUCUGGUCAAGGAAAAAUAGACAGAUAUAACAAGAAUGCUAAAAAUAUUUAGAUUGCUUUAUUGUGGACACAAAUAUUCCUCACAUGGUGCCAACUGAAGAAAGAAAUGACCUAGGUAAGUGCUUAACCUGUCUUAUGAGAAAUAUGGCCCAGUUUCUAGUAAAUAGUUUUCUCUGGAUCCAUAAUCAUGCACUAUAGCAGGGGUGGGCAAUCUUCGGCCCUCCAGAUGUUUUGGACUACAUCUCCCAUAAUGCUAGCAAAGCAUCAAGGGAGAUGUAUUCCAUAACAUCUGGAGGGCAGAAUAUUGCCCACCCCUGCACUAUAGUUCUCAUCACACAGCGUAUUUCUCUGUUUUAAACCUACACACUCAACAUUAUCCAUAGAGAAUCAUGUCUCAGUAGAAGACAAGCAAAUGGACACUUCACAGUUUAUAGGUAAAAUGUGGCAAAUAGCUUAGACAUUUAUAUUGUAAACUUAUCUAAUUAAGCACUUCGUAUAAUAGAGCUUCAGUGGUUAGAUAUCAGCUUACCAGCAAGGCCCUCACUACCUUUUGUAUUUGUCUGUGUAUAUUGUAUGUUCUCCCUUAAUUGUACAACACUGCAGAAUAUGUUGGUGCUUUGUAAAUGCAAGUCAUAAAUAAAAACUAGACAUAAGAAAUGGACAUUUAGAAGAACCUGCACAUUCUUAAAUAUUUUUGCAUUUAAAAGAGACAAGGCAAGUGGGACAAUGAUAACGUUGGUUAAGGAGAAUAGAAGCAUGUUGACAGGGCAAAAUCGAUUUGGACAUUGAGAAAGGAGAAACAAUUAAGGCAGAAUUGUUUCUGAAGAGGCCACGGUAGUGGUUACCAACCCUGAUCUCAAGGACCUACCAAUGCACGGAUUUGUGAAUUUCUAAAUACUGUUCAAUGGGGAAAUUGACAAAUCUUUGAUUGUUGAAGGAUUAUUUGAGAACCGCAGAAUGUGAUAAAGAAGGGAAAGUUGCUGAAAUAAGACAGAGGAGACAGAAAGGGAAAUACAGGGACAUAAACAUGGCAGAAAUAAAAGACAAAAUGCUGUGAUCGAGGGGAGAAAUAUUAUAGAGUUGGAAAAGGAAGGAAGAAAGAAGAGUCCAGUUUUAUUUUGGUGGUUUCUAUCUUCAUUGUUUCCAUUAUAACCUUUGCUUUGUUUUUGAAUUCUUUAUUGUUAAAAGAGGAUCAUUAGCCAUAAAUAAUAAUAAUCCCAAAAGAGCAAGUCAGCAUAAAACAGAAAAAAAGCUUUUUGUGCAUAUCAGUUUUAUGAGCUCUUGAUGACAACGACAUUGUGAUUUAAUACAGCCAGCGGUUAUCCAGUGGAUGGAGGUCUGCUUGGUGAUAAGGAUCUCGCUGAAGCUUGUCCUGCUUCCCAGACCUCUCGCUUCACUGCCUGUGAAAUUAGAAGCCCAGACUCUUGGCCUGUCUUCACAAAGCAUACCAGGAAUCCCUCUAUAGUUUUUACUCACUUGUUUGAUGAAAACUACACUAUAUUAAGAUAAAGCUGUUAAAAUAACCACUCUUUGUGAAUAUGCUUUUUAACAUUCAUAUGAUCAAAAUUUUAAUUCCUUAGAACUGGCAUUCUCAAACCAAACACAGAAAUGUGGUGAAUUUAUACCGUUGGUCAAUGUUUUGUGUAUUGCAAGGCUUUCUGUAUAGAGGAUCCUUAGUGCAUGUUACCAGUAAAGGUUUGGGGAGGGUUCACCUGCCCUCAUGCCUGGGAAUCUAUAGAUAAGUUGUAAGGCGAUGGGCAAUGGGGCUGAAGUCAUUGACACUGCUGCUGUGUCAUAGUUAUAGCGACAUGGAGUCCACAACCAGCUCCACAUUCUAAUGCCUUUUGUAAAAAACACAUAGUACAAAAUGUUGGAUGCACAAAUGCUAACCAAUUCUAAAAGUUCUAAAAAUAAAUAAAUGUGAUUAUAAUGAUAUGUAUCCCUAUCUGUUAUUUUUUUUUCUAACCCUCACCAUAUGUAACAUUUGCCCUGUAGAGAUGAACUGACACAUUUGUCCUAGUAUCAAUUUCUAUAUAGGUCCCAGGCUUUAGGAGUAUCUCACCUGUGGGUUAAUGCCUUUUCUGACUGACAUCUAGAUCUAUUCUCGAAAUCUCUUCUAGUUUACAAGUAAAUAUGUUUAAAUAUUAGCUCUCAAAUAUUUAAGGGAUUUGUUAAGGCAGCAUUGGAAGUCUUUUUCAAGUUUUAUCAGCUAUUAUGUAGGUUAAGAAUAACUAAGCAUAUGUUAGAAAAUAUGUUAAGAUUUCACAUGGAAAUCUUGUUUUAUUCAGUAGGAAACCCCUUUUAAGGUAGGGUCCUGCAGCUCUAUUCAAAGGCCUCCGCUCAGCCCACAGUCACGUCUAUUGGUAAUCGCCAAGCUCCAGGGUUCAUUUGAAGCUGGAUGAUGUGGGAAUUCGUAAUAAGAAGAGAAUGCUUAGAUCAAAACCACUGACCGACUACGUUGCUAUUUCUGUGCUGGAAUAGAUUAAAGCUUUUGUUAUGGUUUUUGCCACCCCUGUGCCAAACAUGCUUUAACAAACUGGUAUAAAAAUUUUGAGUUUCUAUGAGAAUGUAAAUACUGUGAGAUGAAAGCUGAGGCCUCAUUCCAAGUUAGCCUGACUUUUUUAUUUUAUUUCCAAAGCUUUGCUAGCCUUGGAACUUAAAGCAGCCUUCCCUCAUAUUCUCUACAUCAAAGAAGACAAGCUCAAAUGUUUGACGAAGCUUCCUGUUAACAUAGAAACUUUUGGUUGCAAUAAAAGGUGACUUUCUUGAAUGAAAUGUUGCACUUGACCUUGGCUGUCUGAAUUUUGUUUUAUGUUGUUAGUUUACACGGUGGUGCUUUGCGAUAUAUUUCCAUUUGGCCACUGCAAAAAUCCAAACAAUAUAAAGAAAUAAGCAUUAUCACUGCACAACAUUAACUCAUUUAUUACAAGGUUUUAUGCAAGUUCCAUAAUAUCUUAAUUGUCCCAGUUAUGACUACUGUUCUAUGUUUUUCUGAAAAUAAAUAUAAAUGUGAAUGAUGAAAUUGUACAACAUUAGCUUUCUUUUGAAUACUUUUGAUUUGUUCUUAUUGUUUUAGUUGUAUGUUUUAAAUCAGAGUUUGUUCAUCUGUUAGUAUGACAUCUCACAGGCAGCAAUUCCUUUUACUUUCAAGAGAAGAUAAAUAAAUGUAUAGUUCUUUCAGUAUGAGAGAACGAAUACAUUUAUUGCCCACUGUCCGUAUAUGUAAGGGGUUAAGAUAGGCCAUAAGUCCACAGUCUACUAAAACGGUAAUAUAAUGCAGUGCAUGGGCUGUAGUGAAAGCCCAUUUGGACAGCUUUAGAUUUGUAGACUUUCACAUGAGAAGCUGUUUUUAGAGCAAUGGCAGCAAAGGCUAUGCGUAAGAACAUUAUGCAUACAUUGUAUGAGCGUAGCGUAAGCAUAGAUGUCGGAAAUAACCUAUGAUUGUAAUUCAUGCAACUGCAGUCUUUAGCGCCAAGAUGGUAUAUUUAUGCUAGUCUAGACAAAAGGAAGGAAUUGUAGAAUAUACAAAUUAUGUAUAAUAUAAUUCAUAGAUCAGCACGUAGCAAUCAUCAGUAUUAAAUCAAUAAAGUGCAAAAAACAAAACUGUAUAUACUAUACAGAAAUAGGGCGCCACUUGUCACCAAAUAUAAAUACUGGAUAUAAUUACCCUCCAGCGGACAAAUGAGGAUAUUCACAUAGAAAAUAUAAAAAGAGAAAACAUCAUAGUGCAAACUUUUAAUUCCAUAGUGAUAAAAAGACACAUAGAUAAAAACACUCACAAACAGUGUGGCACAAUUGACUGAAUCAAUAUGUGCUAAAGUGCUGAUGCCUAAAAUAGGCUAAAUCUCCCGGUCUUGGCAGUCUGUGGACGUCUGUAUGGAAGCUGUAGCAAGGACAGAUAAAACAGUUCACCAUCAGCUGAUUCAAUUCCCCGGGUCUGCUCAACGCGUUUCGUCUGUUCUUAUUCAGACUUCAUCAGGAGCGAUCCGGAGUCUUCUCUAUUCGGCAUUUAAAUAUGCCCGGUGGCGUCCUUUCUGUGCAAUUGCGCAUGCGCAACCGGGUGCCGACGUGAUGACAUACCAUCCGCCGGCGUCCGGCGCGCAUGUGCGUUCCACCAUGGAACGCAUGCAAAAAACUUUAUUAUUCUAAGCAACAAGGACAACAUUGAGACUUAUAAAAAAAGAAACCAAUAUGUCCCAAUGCUACUAUAUGUUAGAUGCACAUAUAGAGAAGGCUCUAAUAGAACUUAUAAAAUGUAUAUAUAUGAAAUGUAAGAUAAAAGAAAAGAGAAAAAAAAUCUAUAGAGAUAGAUAUGCAUGUAAUUGCAAUAUAUGAAUCCAACAUAUUACCAACACAAAAAAUUGGAUCAGGACCAUUUCGAUUUACAUACAUAUGACAAUAAUAAUGAUAUUGUAUUUAGAAACUAUAAAUAUUGCUUAUAAAAAAUAUAUAUGCUAGUAUUUUGAACUAACAUUAUUUAAACAGAACGUAAUUUUACAGAGGCGUAAUUACAAAAAUAUAUUAACAUAAUUAUAAAAACAUAAUAAUAAAAUUGCAUGAUUCUAGACAAUUCUAAAUUGAUAUGAUUCUCCAAAGCAAUAGAACAACAUAUUUCUUCUAAAAAUUCUAGAAAGGACUCAAUUUAAAAAUACUAAAAAGGACUCAUUUUGAAAUUAACUCAAUCAAGGACGGAUGUAAAAUGAAAGGAAAAAAGAGAAAGGAAACAGGGUUAGCAAUAUUUCAAUCAAUCAUAUAAUCAGUUGCUCAAUUAAAAUAUAUAAAUAAGAAUAAAAUAUAAAUCAGUGUGGCAUUAAAAUCAGUGUAAAUCGUAACAUCUUGGUGGAAUUAAUCCAUAAACACUAAAAUAUCCAAAUCUGUGUUAAGACCGUCUGGAACAGAAGUCCUUAAUUUGUAAAUCCAUUCUGUUUCUUUCAACGUAAAAUUACGUUCUGUUUAAAAUUAUGUUCUGUUUAAAUAAUGUUAGUUCAAAAUACUAGCAUAUAUAUUUUUUAUAAGCAAUAUUUAUAGUUUCUAAAUACAAUAUCAUUAUUAUUGUCAUAUGUAUGUAAAUCGAAAUGGUCCUGAUCCAAUUUUUUAUGUUGGUAAUAUGUUGGAUUCAUAUAUUGCAAUUACAUGCAUAUAUAUCUCUAUAGAUUUUUUUUCUCUUUUCUUUUAUCUUCAUUUUAUUUUAUUUUAUCUUACAUUUCAUAUAUAUACAUUUUAUACGUUCUAUUAGAGCCUUCUCUAUAUGUGCAUCUAACAUAUAGUAGCAUUGGGACAUAUUGGUUUCUUUUUUUAUAAGUCUCAAUGUUGUCCUUGUUGCUUAGAAUAAUAAAGUUUUUUGCAUGCGUUCCAUGGUGGAACGCACAUGCGCGCCGGACGCCGGCGGAUGGUAUGUCAUCACGUCGGCGCCCGGUUGCGCAUGCGCAAUUGCACAGAAAGGACGCCACCCGGCAUAUUUACAUGCCGAAUAGAGAAGACUCCGGAUCGCUCCUGAUGAAGUCUGAAUAAGAACAGACGAAACGUGUUGAGCAGACCCGGGGAAUUGAAUCAGCUGAUGGUGAACUGUUUUAUCUGUCCUUGCUACAGCUUCCAUACAGAUGUCCACAGACUGCCAAGACCGGGAGAUUUAGCCUAUUUUAGGCAUCAGCACUUUAGCACAUAUUGAUUCAGUCAAUUGUGCCACACUGUUUGUGAGUGUUUUUAUCUAUGUGUCUUUUUAUCACUAUGGAAUUAAAAGUUUGCACUAUGAUGUUUUCUCUUUUUAUAUUUUCUAUGUGAAUAUCCUCAUGUGUCCACUGGAGGGUAAUUAUAUCCAGUAUUUAUAUUUGGUGACAAGUGGCGCCCUAUUUCUGUAUAGUAUAUACAGUUUUGUUUUUUGCACAUUUGGUUAAGGGAUACAGGGAGGGCAUCCCUAUAUAUAGUGGCUUGCCUGCACUUUUUUACAUGAUCAGUUUUUUCACUAUCCACACUUGGUUUUAUUUAAAUCAAUAAAGGUCUAUUUUCAGCUUUAUAACAGUUGUGUGCUUUCGGGUCUGUGUCCAAAUUUCAUACAAAAAGUAGUUCACAUUCACAGUUUUGAAUAACUACUUCUGGUAGUUUUCAUCCAUACAGAAAAGGGACAAAAAUCAUCCCAACAAACAGCUCCAGUCUUUGGUCAGGUAUCUCAGGGCAAUUUACAAGCUGUCAUCAUUGAUAGUCAACUAUCCUUUGAUCCAACCAUCAUCCUGUCUGGUAGAAAUUAGGACAUACAUAAAAGUAAUUGUUGAAUGCUUGUUUUCACAAAUAGCAAUAUUACCACUAUGCGUCUGAAAGCCAAACAAGAAUGUUCUCUGAAACAUUUCCCCCACAGCGUCUUUUAUUUCUAAAUUAUAUUAAGUUCUAAAUGUAUGCUUGGUGUACAAGUAUAACAAGCCGAUGAUCUGCCACGAUCAAAAGGAAAAUAACUAAAAAGUAGACUUAUUCCAUCUUAAAGGAACACUUUUAGCUUCAUAACCACUAAAGCUAGCUGUAGUGGUCUAGGUGCCAGGAAUGUCCUGGCAUCCUCCACAGUAAUUCUAUUUAAGAAUAGUUUGACAAUUUACCUGGUGUCAACUUACCUGAUGCCAGCCACCACCUCCCGUGCUUACUGGACACUCUUGCCACUGAGCUAGGCCUGACAUUUAGGGAGCUGCUCACUAGCAGAUAAUGCUAAUCUGAUGUUAUGACCCAAUAAGCCAGCUCCAUGCUUAGUCAGUCUAAUAGAAGCUCCUUGUAGGAUCUUCUGGCUGCAGUGGAGGCAGCAACUGGCAUCCAGCAGUUGACAAUUUACCCAGGUAAAUUGUCAAACCGUUAUUAAAUAUUUUGGCUGCUUAUUGUGUGAGGAAGCCAGGGCACUCCUGACACCAUAACCACCACUUGGACAUGAAGCCAGGGCAGCAGCAAGACAUAGCAGCAUAGUUCCUGGAUGAAUUGUCCCAUUGCUAGUGUACUUAUAUUUGUUUUGUUUUUUUAUAUAAAUACCCGGAUUAAGACAGAAAUGUGACCAGUUCCUCAAAUAUAUAAUUAAGAAAACAUACCUUUUUUUUUUUUUUUUUAAAUGAGCAUCAUUUUCUAAAUCAUUGGUUAAUACUGCGCUAAACUCUUGUAAUCCUUCUAAUCCCAUUUAAGUGUUUGUUUCGCAAAAGGAGAUAAACCUUUCUGUGGACCCUAUGACCUUUACAGCCAUCUGUGUUAUGAAACACUUUGUAAAAUGUCAGGGUAUUUACACAGACUAAGGGGGCAGCAGAGCAGUUGCCCCCUGGGUUCUUUGAAUUGAAACAGCCAUCAGGGGGAUAAUAUGAAGAAUUCCUACUAUAAUGAACUUCAGAGCCCUUUAUAUCAUGUGCUACUGUUUGCUGUGUAUGAAUAACCAGCUGGAUAGGGUUGCCUAUUGUAUAUUUGGUAGCCUAUGCUUGUUAUCUGCUUGGAUUAAAGCUACAAAUCUAGGAUUAAAUUAAUGAUUUAUUUCACACAGGAAAAAAAUGUCAAUUACAUGCUGCUUGACAUGUAAUGGUCAAUACAAUAAGUGCCUGUGUAUAGACAUAUACCAAACAACACUGGCUUGUUUCCCACGAGUCCUUGGGAAAAGAAUCAGGGCUCGUCUUCUGUGUGUGCUAUAUAAAUCCAUAGAUAAGUAGAUAGGAAUAGGCUAACUACUGUAGCAUCAUAACCUGUCAUAUACACAUAGCCAGUUGCACUUAACCGUGACAUUUGUGGCAAUAAUUAACUCAUUGUAUCAUGUAAGGUUUGUAUGUUCUUCCCUGUGGUGUGAUUUAUUUCCCCCCCUUGAAACAGUUGCUCACACAGACUUUGAUUUAAGUAUGGGGGUUGAAAAGUAAAGCCAACAUUUCAGGCCUAUGACUUAUUUAUGUGCUGGGCUUAGCUUCACAUUUGGCUCAGAGCACAUCUUGAGGUACAAGACAGCUGCCUAAGCUUUUUUGAUACGGCCACUUGUUGAUCAGAGAUAUCAGUGGUAUUCACUGGUUAAAGUAUGUAUAGUAUUUUUACUGCUGUUUGGGUUUGGUAGAUAUUUGCUUACAGCUAAAUUUCACCUUCUUUUUAACCUCGUGUUAAUGUGCAAUAUUUAUUUAAAAAUCUAAAGGAAUAAUUUAAAUGCUAUCAAAAGUUUGCAACACAUAUGUUUUAUGUUGGGACCAAAGCCCGUAUGUGCUUGGUGAGCCACAGAGUAAAUGGUGUAUUUCUAUGAGAAGGUAACUGCAGUGGCUAAAAUGGCUUACAUAUUCAAUAUACACCUCACAUCAAAAUCUCCUGUAUAAACUGACUCUUGUAUUUACUUUCAGUAAUACGUGAAUGACAAGAGCUGUUCCAUCCACACAUAGUAUAGAGAUACUUCGUCCCUAGUCAUGUGAUUAGUGCCGCCAUGUCUGCAUAAUUUUACUAUCCUUGCAGUAAUACUGCCACAACUCUUCACAAGUCAUUAUAUAUGUUUAAUUCUCAUGUAGUUAGGACAUUAUUUUUUCAAAGUUUUUAAAUGAUUAUCAAAGAAGUGUAGGAGUUGUGUUUACCAGUAUCAAUUGCUACAUUACUUACAAAAUAAUGAAUGCUCAAGUUUCUCCAAAGCCUGGACAUCCCCACUAGUGAUGGAUUUGAGAUAAGUAACCUAAGGGUCCUAGAUAUAAACUGGGCAGGACUAGAAUUAACAUUAGACAGCCUGAAACAGAGUUCUGAGCGGGCUAAAUCAGUGGUGUUGGUGGUGUAACUAGCUCACAUGUGCAGAUUAUUCCUGUUCAAGCAGAAAGGAUACUCAUACAGAUUUUUACUACCUUGACCACUUCUAAAAGCAGAAGUGGACAUGGUGAUUGAAGUAUCACUUUAAUAUAUACUUUUUAUGUAUGACAUUGAGGACUAAAUUAUUUAUUUAUUUAUUUAUAAAAUAUUUUACCAGGAAGGAUACAUUGAUAUUUCUCUCGUUUUCAAGUAUGUCUUUGGCACUUGUGUUAAGGUUCUGGAGUGUCCCUUGUGUUGGGGUUCUGGAGUGUCCCUUGUGUUGGGGUUCUGGAGUGUCCCUUGUGUUGGGGUUCUGGAGUGUCCCUUGUGUUGGGGUUCUGGAGUGUCCCUUGUGUUGGGGUUCUGGAGUGUCCCUUGUGUUAGGGUUCUGGAGUGGAGAUAAAACUUGUUUUAUUUAUUUAGAAGUUCUCUGUGUAGACCUUCAUGAUGCAGAAAUAACUGUUACUUGUGUAUCACCUGUGCUCACAAUGUCAUUAUCAGCAGGAUUUUUCAUAUUUAUUAUUUGGUGUGAGAUUUUGGGAUUUGAUUGAAAAUCUUUUACGUCCUGUAGUGGAAAUUAGUCCUGAAAAGUGAUUUAAACAGGAACCUACUGAGACAACUGUUCAGCGAGCGGAUAAUUUCAAGAAAUUCUAAGAUUAAUUGACUGCCAUGUUUGCUCAACCUUUCAGCUCCCGAUUCCUUAUUGAAGGAGCGGUGUACACUUGAGCAGCUCAAGGAGAAUAUCCGUGCAAAAAUUUAAGCGCUAGAGCCUCAAAUAACUAAUGUUAUGAAUAAUGCAAUUGAAAGAGCCCGACUUUGUGAGGCGGCAAAUGGUGCUCAUUUAAAAUGUCAUAGUCCAUACCUAGUUGAAGAAAUCUCCUUAGAUUAAGCAUUAAUUGUAUGUAAUAUAAUUGAAAUUGGUUCAUUAAUAAACAUGUUAUUGACUCCUCAAACCCUAGUCUGAAUAUCAUCGCACCCUGUAUAUAUGUAUAUAAUGCCAUAUUAGCAACUCUAGUUUCUUCAGUCUGUCUAAUUAUAGAUUAGUUUUAUAGUUUUAAUUCAGAACCACAAUGUUAAAUUAUUUUGACAUAAUGUUCCAAAUCAUGCAUUUGUCACAUUUCUUCUAUCUUGGCCUUAUUACUGUUAUUGUAGAAUAAACUAAAUGUUUUGUACUUCAGUUUGCAGCUCACCUGGUGAAGUUGGGAUAUCCAAGAGUAUGUAUUCUGGAUGGUGGCAUUAACAAAAUGAAGCUAACAGGCUUGUUGACUGUUCCUUCACCACAAAUAUGAGCAAGGCAAAGCUACAUAUGUGUAAAACCGAGAACAACACAAGCCUGUAUGGACAGAUUACCUUCUCACUGUGUCAUAUUAUGUAUGUGGGUAUGUAUUGGCUAACAUUCCAGAGCGCCACAAAAGCUGGUUCUACGAUCAAAAGUCUAUUCAACUACUCAUCUCUACCAAAAACACAGUGCAAUACAGGGAUUCUCUUCAUUUUUACUCGCACUUGGAUAUCAAACCUUUCUUCCAUAGUUUCUACCAAAUCACUUGUGUUAAUGUCAACACCAAGGAAAUAUUUAUCACAGGUUAUCUUCAAAGUAUGUUACCAUAAAACCAAUAAUUGAUCAAAGAUAGACAGAUUUUUUUUUUUUUAUUUAUUUGACAUUUAUAAAAAAAAAGAGAUAAUUUCUUGCCUCUGAUAUUAUUGCAUUACAUAAUUUCUUUUUGAUACAAUGAAACUAAUUUCAGGCAUAUUUAAAAGUUAUAAUUGAGAAACAAUUUAAAAUACUUAACAUUUCUAGAUAUUCGUUUACACUUUGAGUGGCAGCUCUUUAAUGCGUAGAAUAGGAUUGUUAUGUAAUGAUUGUUAGGCUAUUCAUAAUCUUCUGGCUAAUCCAUGUUUAUAUACUUAUGGUCUAAUUAAGUGGUUCCCAAACCAGUCUUCAAGGCACAAUCAGUCCGUAAUCUUGUCAUUUUCCAGUUCAGUUUCAAUGGGUUUAGUGAUAAAUCCUGCUCUGUUUGUGUGCUCUGAGGAUUGACUUGGGAACCACUGGUCUGUUUAGCUGUUCACCACUGCCAUAGUUAAUGUUUACCAUUUUGAAUGCAAAGUACUCAGAUUUUCUUUUGUAAGACCGUUCAUAUCAAAUAGUCAUGUAAGACUGCCCCUCCUUAAGAUAGACUGUGCUUAUUCCAUGCUGUCAGGGAGUGUCCAUUUCUUUCUAAAAUGACAGUGGCCUGCCCACGGUAUUACGCUGUAAAUUGCUAAAAAACUGAAUCCAUACCUAUGAAUUUGCAUUUUGUGACAUAUUCUUUCUUUUUUAGUAUAACAAAAAUGAUUUAAAAAAUAAAAUAAAACGGAACUAGAAUUGUGAUUGGUUAUACUGAAAAAAUGUUUUCUGACAAAAGAUCACCUUUAACCCCUUAAGGACACAUGACGUGUGACAUGUCAUGAUUCCCUUUUAUUCCAGAAGUUUGGUCCUUAAGGGGUUAAAGUUGUACUAAAUGUAAUGAAUUUAAUCAUGUGCUGUCUUAUCUGACUAUUUUGACUUAAGUCUCUGCAUUUAAGCAACUGACCUACAUGUCUCACAGACCAUUUACCAUAAAUAUCACUGAUAAUAUGUAAUUAAAGUAAAACUAUAGACAACCAGACCACUUCAGCUUAUCAAAGCGGUCUGGGUUUCAGUGUCCUGGGCCCCUUAAAGGGACACUAUAGACAGCAGAACAACUGUAGUUGUUCUGAUGAGUGUAGCAUGUCCUGCAGGCAUUUUUAUGCUCUGCCCCCUAACCCGCCUCCUUGGUGAUCUCAGCCAAUCCUAUGAUUUUCCAUAGGGAAAGCAUGGGAUUGGCUGAGAUCAUAGAUUCUGAUGUCAGCCAAAGAGGCGGAUUGGGUAGGGACCGGCUCUGGUGGACCCGCGCUGGAAAAAGGGUUAAUUUUAACCUUUUCUAUGGGGACUAAAGGCAAGCCAUCUGAAUGGUGGUUUUAAGAUAGUGUCCCUUUAAUAACAUAGUGAUAUUUAUGGUAAGGAAUGCAUGUUUGUGUUCCUGACCCUAUAGUGUUCCUUUAACCCUGCAAUUGUGCUUAUUGCAAUUUUUGAUCAACCUUGGAGGGUUGACUCCACCUCUAAUGGCUGUCUUCCACACUAGACAGCCACUAGAGGGACUUCUGGAUGGUUAAGUGACUUCUGGUUGUCCAACUGACACUGGAUGUCCUCACGCUAUGCAUGAGGACAUCCAGCGUCAUCCAAAUCCCCAUAGGAGAGCAUUAAACAAUGCUUUCCUGUGGGGAACUCCUAAUGCAAGCACAGCAAUUGCCGCACAUGUGCAUUAGGUCCCCCUGACCCAGCUCCGAGGGACAUUGGCGCUGGAAUCAAGUAAAUGAUAAAGGUUUUUUUAACCCCUUUAUUAACAAGGGGAGGGGGGGUGGAUUAUUGAGAGCUAUAGUGUUUGGAAAACAACUUUGUUUACAUAGCACUAAAGUUUCCCUUUAAUAAAUAAGCAUCUGAGAAUUGUAAACCAUGAGAUCUAUGUACCCUGAAUGCUGAUUCCAGAAU